AGCAAGAAGUGCAUAGAGGCCCAGCACAGCUGUUUGUGAAGUCGAAGGUUUCCUGUUUCCUCUGGGCUCGCUGCAGUGACUCAUUUUGCUUUCAGCCAGCCAACGGUGCCCAUAGGAAUGUAGGGAGGGCUGCUUAGCCGAGCUGUGGCCCUUGACAAGCGGACACCCGGUAAAUAGCAACAAAUACAAGUCUCUGGAAUAUAACUGUUCACUGGCAGCCCUCUUUAAUCCGGAUUAAGGAGAUCCCGACGCUAUGGAUCCUGUGGGCUGUUUGUGGAUUAGCACUGUGCUGUGGAGUUUGACAGCAGGCGGACUGACACCUUACCGGCGGAGUGCGGGUGAGUUCUGAAACUUUGUAACUGCUGAUGGCUACAUUCUAAGUGAUUCCAGGAGCCCGGGCACUGGAUGGGGCUCCCAGGAGCUGUGUAUGUGUAUAUGUGUGCCCCAGAGCUGGGCUAGGACAUAGUCUGCGAUCUCUGCUACUAUGGAAAAUACAGACAGAGAGAAGAAGGGGUAGCAAGGUGGGGAGAUUGUGUCUGUCUGUCUGGAGAGGCCCCUAAUAAAAAAAAAAGUAAGAAUUAUCCAUGGGUUGUUGUUUUUACCGGUAACUUAACAAAAAAAACAAAACAAAGUAUUUUUCUUUUCCUUUUUUUUUUUUUUUUACAUAGACUUUAUUAGAUACACAAACUAUGAUAAUGUUUAUCAUAGUGCAUAUAUAUGUAUUAUUUUUUUUAUUAUAUAUAUAUAUAUAUAUAUAUAUAUGAUAAAAAAAAACAAGAUACAUAUAUACGUACUAUGAUAAAAAAAAAAAAAAAAAUAUAUAUAUAUAUAUAUAUAUAUAUAUUUUUUUAAAUAUAUAUUAUUAUAUAUUCACUAUUCAACAUGUGAAUGUUUGGCUGGUUGUCCGACAAAGUUAUGUGUUAUCUCAGCACGUGUCUGCUGGUCUCUGGUGUUCCUUCUUUUUGGUUGUCACCCAUGGGUGCCAUUUUUCUAACCAAAUGUAUGUUGCUGUGAUUAGUACAAGAGUUUUUAACAGUACCUCAUAUGAUACUACUGAGUACUGAGCCAGGGUUAAAACAAAUAUUCACACAAUUUAGAAUCUAGAGUUAGACAAGUAUAUUUGAGAGACAAUAGAAAUAUGCAAGAUAUAGAUCUAGAAUUCUACUGUACAACAAAGAUACUUUUAUUGCAACUUGUGCAACCAGUUCUCUUACUGUAAGAGCUAAAUAGGCAUUUGAGCUCAACCAGAAAAGUUUGUGAGUUAUCAAAGGGAGAUAUAUAUAUAUAUAUAUAUAUAUAUAUAUACACAUAUAUAUUUAUAUAUAUAUAGAUUUUUUUGUAUAAAAUAUUGCAAAAGUGGCUUAUUUAUGAGAUGUAGCACGUCAACUUAUUAUUUAUCAAGCACUAUAGUAAAGUAUCAUUGCAGAUACGUCAAGACUUCUCCUACUGGUAUUCAGAUAAAUUUUGCAGAUUCCAUUCCUUUAAGAAAAAUUAUAGUUGCCCCAUCUAACCUUUGAGACUUCCUAUUUUUCAUGCCUUCCAUCCUCUAUCAAUUUUUAUUGGCUAAAUACCUUGCUCUGAAUAACAUUAGCCAUAUAAAUGUAAUUUGCCCAUCUUAUUUUUUGCUUUACAUUUGAUGAAUCCUGCUGCAAUUCUAUUUUAUUUAGCCACCGUUUUCCAGGCCCCAUCUCUGAAUUUUAGAUACUCCACUGGCCUGUCUAUUGUAAUCAAAGGAGAUGAUCCUGAUACAAGACUAAAGUCCCAUUUUUAGUUUGUAACCUACAUGGGGAGCAGCUACUACAAUAGAGGCACAUGCUGACACAGGCUGGUAUGGGCAUCUACAGCAUAUUGUAAAACGGGCAGCAUGGUGCCACAUCAUUCAGAAACUGUCCUUCGAUUUGUUUCUUGUUUGUUAAUGCUACCUUAGCCACCAUUCGCUUGUGGUUGUAAAUCAGUCAGAAGCAAUCUACAUUUGGUGCACAACAAUCAGAUGCCUGUCCGGGCAGCUUAAAUAAAUGGUUUUCAUGGUAGCAACUUGCCCCCACCAGCAGGUUGGUAUAUUAGAUAGUUGAGUGAAAUAUGAAAUUAGAUGACUUAUUGGAUCAUGGGUGAAAAAUGAAAUGUGGGAUAAUAUGCCAAAAUUUGAAAUGAUAUGGCAUGAUAUCAUAAGUAAAAUACAACAUGUGGAAUUAUGAGACCAUGAAGUGAUAUAGGAAUUGAUUACUGCACUUAGGAUAAAGGGGUAAAAUGUUAAAUUAUAUGAUAUUUGGAUGUAACACAGAUUUUACAUUUGGCCUGCCUGGAAACAAUUCUUAGGACUCUUAUGCAAAUUUGGGCUUCUUUGAUACAACUAUAUAUAAUUGCAGCCAUCCUUAAUUGGGAUCAGGAUAAUUAGAUUGUUUCUCCUUACUCUAGAUCCCAGUAUUUGCACUCUAUUGUCCUUUGGUCACUUUUCUGGAUUUAUUUAGGAGAGUAGGACUAUGUGUGACUCCAGCAGUGAACGGACCCUGAUAAAAUUUAUAUAUGAUGCAUCUUUCUAUCUGCCUGCAUUCUAAUUCUUAUUAUUUAUAAAGCACCAACAAAUUCGACACAGCUAUACCAUAGGUGAACUAACAAACAACAAAGCAAGCAACAGUGAAAAAUCGGGAGAGCAGAUAGAUUUGUGUGUCAUCAACAUAGAAGUGAUAUUGGAAGCCAAAGGAACUUAUUAGUUUACCAAGGGAGGAAAUAUAGAUUGAGAACAGUAGGGGACUGAGGAUUUAACCUUGGGGAACACUUGCAGAGAGGGAUUGCAGGGGAGUGGAAGAAGCUGAAAAUGAGAAAGUAAAAUAGCGCUGGGGAAGGCAAGAGGAGUCUUAUAGGCAGAUGUUGUAAAGAAUGAGAAGUAGAAGUUGAUGAUCAACAGUGUCAAAAACACCACCGAGGUCAAGGAGACUUACAAGGGAGAAAUGACCACUUGAUUGUGAAGCAAUUAAGUUAUGGGAUACUUUGGUCAGAGUUGUGACGACAGAGUGAUUAAUGUGAAAUCAGGACUGAAGCUGGUCAAGCAGAGAGAUAGAUUCAAGGAAACUGGUCAGUCUUGUGUAGACAACUCUCUCUAGGAUCUUGGAGGCAAAUGGUAGAAGGGAAAUAGGGUGGCAGUUGGAUGGGAAGUUUGGGUCAAUGUUAGCUUUUUUAGAAUUUGGGUUAUUAUUAUUAUUAUUAUUUAUAAAGCGCCAACAAAUUCCGCAAUGCUGUACAAUGGGCGGACUAACCAACACAUAUUUGUAUCCACACGAGUUGGACGCACAGGGACAGAAGGGUUGAGGGCCCUGCUCAAUGAGCUUACAUACGAGAGGGAGUGGGGGUGGAGAGAUUAAAUAUUUUAGUGAGAAGCACAGCAAGACAGUGAGAAUAAGAUGUGAGGUAAUAGGAUUGAGGGGAUCAGGGUGUGGGGAGGACCAAAGCAGAGCAGAUACCUCUACUUGUCAAUGUCUCAAGAAACAUUACAAUUACCUAUUUAUGUUGUAGGUUUUGGAUGUCCCCACCUUUCCACCCAGUUGACUGUGUAGGUGUUAAUUGUAGCAACACAAGUAACAUUCUGCUUGCUUGAUGUGUUUGUAAGACUAACUGGGGAUUUUCUCAUAUAUUACAAAUGAAGUUUAUAUGUACUAUAUGUAAGCAAUAUGAAGAAUGUCAUUCAUAAUAUCUACAGAAUGGAAAUACAUAAUUUCCACAAAGUUUCUCAAGGGGGUCUCUAAAUGACGAUAAGAAGCAAAGGUUUCACAAACACAUUGUCCCCAUAAUGUCAUAAAUCAAUAUAACACACAUAAAUUAAUAUAUUCACAAAAUGUGCCCAUUAAUAAUCAUUUUAAUGGCAAAUUGAUCAACAGUGCGUUGCUUUUUAUUAAGGUCUUAAGGAGAUAGACUGAAUUCAUCCACACAAUGAUGGCCUGUUAUCUACCUCAGGCAUUCUAUACUAAGAUCUCAACUACAUUCUACACACCACCACUAUGCAUCAACUACAGUCAGAUGCAUAUAGAGUAGAUUCACUUUGAUAGAUGCCAUUGUAUGCACUGGCCCUGUUAAUGUAUUGCACAGUAGAAAUUGCCACAAAGUACAUACUUCUCAAUUGUCCCUAUUUUGGAGGGACAGUCCAUACUUUGGCCCAAAUCUCUCUCUAUCCCUCCAUUCUAUCCUAAUGCCCCUCUUUUCUAGGAGCUCCUAAUUGUUGGUGUGAUGAGUGUAUAACAGAGCUACAUAGCAAUAAAACUCACAGUAAUGUAUUUUUAGACUGCAACAGAUGCGUUAAGAAAACAGUCUGUGUAAAUGAGAUGCACUCUUCUUGUCGUAAAUUACAUUUAGUUGCACAGAUUGUUAUUAGUAAGUCAAGUGAAAAUGCUCCAAAGUAUCACACUUCUAAAUGGAAAAUGUCCCUUUGUCUAAUUGAAAAGUUGAAAGGUUUGAUGCAGUCUAACCUGUGUGGAUGUGAUUGAAGUGUUGCUGCAGAUGUAAAUGUAUCAGUGGCGGCUGGUGAAGUUUUAAGGUGGUGGGGCGCCAGACUCCUCCCACCAAAAUUUACUCCUCCUUGUUCAGGACAGAGAUACGAUACUAAUACAAUACAGAGAGCUGAGCACAAUACAAGAUACUUCUACAAUAAAACAAGCUGGGCACAACAUAAAGAUAUCUAUAAAAUAUACAGAUUUGAGCACAAUACAGAGAUAAGCAUUCCACAAACAGAGAAAAAAAAUAGAGAUAUAAUACGCAGAGCUGGGCACAAUGCAAAGUGCCACUAUGGAUGAGUACACAAAAAUAAGUCCUUCCCUCAAACUCCCACUACUCCUUGAUGGACGCAAUGACCUUAGUACACAUUAGCCCCAAUACAUCCAAUAUAAACUAAAGAAAAAGGUUACUAUCCCAAAUCCCUAUGCUUAUUUAAACAAAUUUAGUUUUUUAGUGACACCACUGCAAUGGCCAUUAGGUGUAAGCCCACCUACCACGUCAAGGCAAACUUUUUGGUAGGUGGUUCCUAAAUUAACAAUUCACCUUGCUUGUUUCAGCUUUAGGUAAAUAUCUCUAAUGAAACAGAGAUGGGUAUUUUUCUAAACUCCUACAGACUUAUUAAUCCUUAAUAGGGGAAACAUGGGGUGGGUGGCAGCAUUGUAACAUGUCUGUGUGAGACAAAAUCAAAUACAAAUACACAAAAAUAAAAACUAGGCCUCAACCAUUCAUUGCGCUCUUCAAAAUACUCCAUUUAUUGAUACAUUUGUAUGCAGGGCAAAUAUCGUAGCGAUAGGCCUGGGGGUUCUAAAGCUUAUAUUCAGGUUCCAUCAAAGGUAACCUGGCACAAUGUGGCACUGAGCAAAUCAAGUGUGGCAUAAAGGAAAUCUACUACAUUGUUUUAUGUGUUACGAGUAUUGAGACGAUUGUAAAGAGAUUUGGAUACUUUGCUUUAAACUUGACCAAAUAAUGUCUUUAUUCAGUAGGUGGGUGUUUUUAUUGGAUGGAAAUUUUAGCUUCUGACAGGUGAUUGUAACUGGAUUUAGGGUGUUUUACUGAUAACCUGAGUAACUUUGUUACUGGGAACGUUUUUGGUGUUUGUUUUUGCCCUCUGUCUUAUUCAAAUCAACCCAGUGGAAAGAUUCGUAUUGCUGUUGAACUUAGCAAUACCUUCUUCUUUUUCUUUUUGGUGGAAUUCCAAAAAAAGGUUCUGCAACAGACUCAGAGUUUUGCUGACAUCUUGUUGAAAACAUAACUAAUGAAAUAUAUCAGCAGCUGACAUCUUUACCUUAAGAUAACCUAAUAAUCUUUAAGAUUUGGUUUCAUAACCUGGAGAAAAGCCAGUGGGUUAACGGAGGACACUGAUAGAGAAACUGUCAAAAACAUACUAAAUCUCCCUCAAAAUAAUUAUUAUUCAGUGUACAUUUAUUCAGAAUUGUCACUUGCAGUCAAUGCAACACUAGACAAUGUGACGUAACGUUUUUUUAAAAAAAAUCUACUUUUGUUAUUAUGCUUUUCUCCGAGCUGUAAUUUUGUAAAUAUAUAGUUAUGUGCAUGCCGUGACAGCAGUGAAUGCCAUAAGAAAAAGGCUUCUGCAGACACAUCUAUCUUGCCACUAUUUCUGUCUACCAUAGAGGUGAAAGGAGGGGGUUGUAUUCAGUUUGUUAGACAUGACAAGUCUCUCUCUGCGAUGGCUAUCUUUGUAACCCUAAUGCAGAUGAAAGAAUCGAUUUCUAUAAAAAAUUUUUUUUUGUUAUUUAGGAUCAGUGUUUCUCAACCCUCUCUUGUAAGCAUUGUAGACAUAUCUAUCUUAGACUGUGUAUUUUACAUUUAAGGAACACUAUAGGGUCAGUAACACAAACAUGUAUUCCUGACCCUUUAGCAUUAAAAAUAUUCAAAAAUACCAUCUAGCCCAAUGGAGUCCCCUGUGCAAGAAAUUGACACUAUUUAGAUAGAUUAAAGGAUGAAAGCUAUAUGAACCCUCCGAUCCAAAUCGUAUGACACUCUCAAUGCGAUAAAUGUUGUUGUGGAUAUAUUUUUUAUGCAAAUAUGUAUGAAUGGUAGAUGUUUUUCAAUAUAUACAUAAUCUUAUUCAAAUUAAUUGAAUUGUAUGUAUAAUGUCAUAUAUAGAAAAUAAUUCAAUAAAAAGGAAUUUAAAAAGAAAACACUUUCUAGCCCCCUGCAACCCUUUCCCCCCUAAAUACAGUAUAAUCUUAUCUUUUUUCCAGCCUGCGGCUUCUGGUUCUGCCCCUGAUCUGCCUGCUUGGCUGAAAUCAUCAGAAUUUGUGAUCUCAGCCAAUCACAUUGCUUUUUUUUUUUUACUAAAAAGUGUAAAUUAGUUUUAUACAAAAAUAAAUCUUGAGGGGGCGGAGCUUGAGCUCCAAGCUGAUCAGACGUGUGCUGUGAGAGCUCCUGCUCAGCUUAAUGAUUUGUGGAGAAUAAACCUGGUUACACUGCCACAAAUUACCACAAUCCUACACCAGCCACACCAGGGAUGCAGCAACGACCUCACAGACACCUUUCACUGGAAUUUACGGUACUGCAGGACCACGGUGGCACGUUAAGGCCUGCGGACGAAUAAGCAGGGGAAAGGCGGCCGAUUUCUCCGCUGGCCAACCCGUCAGGCUGAUCAACUCUGCUCUUACUCCAGUGGGGGUUAUCCCAGUCCCCACUGAACUGUUUCAAGCUACUACUGCCGGACUGACCUCUUGUUCAUAGUGGACUUUGGGUUCCAUCUUUGAAGCGACAAUUAAUUAACAUGCCGCCUGCCAUUCCUCCGGGGGCACAGGGCCUGUGGCCACAGGGGCAGCAACAACACAGCUGUACGGCAAAUAUCCUACUUCGGCUUGAGGACAUUUUCCAUGGUUUCUGGUUGAAGCUCCAGGACCGCAGGAAGACCCCUAUGUCCGAGCUGAGGACCGAAAAGCCUGCUGCCAGAGAAGAGCAGACCCAUUUUGGGCAACCCAACUACAUCAGCACUUACUUACUCACUGGCCUGCCUGCCCGGGCUGAGAGCCUCUCGAGGCCUUGCUUCAUUGCUUCGCCCACAAAGGCAGAAGAUCACCUGCCGACGGCAGCAAAUUCCACCUCGAUCCCCUGUCCACCCCCGACAGGGGAAAGUCUUGGCUGACAGCAGACACCAGGACUGUGGUUUCCAUAUGCAGGCCCUCAAUCAGGCACAGGGCUGGAGGGGAGUCCUGCUCUGAUGCUACCACUUGGAUCUUAUCAUUGACUCUCCUAGUCGUAGUACCAUCUGGCCACUCACAGGGAUCGGUUGAAGCAGACCUGGCUCUCCCCAUCAGAAGCUGUUUCUCACUCAUGUCCACUACUACUGUUAUUGUUUUAGUUUAAUUUGUUUUAGCCUUUUAUUUUUCCUAUUUUACCUUGAGUGAAGUGACAGUAUGGUAAUGUUUAUGUCUUUACAUUCAGUGGAUAUUUUACGCACAUAUAGUUUAUGCACAAGAUAACUAAGCAUGUCAGUUUUCAUAUAUGUCUCACUACCUGUCAGGAAUUUUGCUUAUACCAUUCUUUGCAAUAGCACUUCGACAUGGUUGUCUUACUUGAUUGUAUUAAUUUAAUCUUUUCUUUCCAUUUAAAAAGGUGCAGUAAAUCUUGACUUUUUUGCUUCACUAAUAUGUCUGUAUACACACAUCUUGUCUUGCACCAAGUGUCUAUGUUAACUCGUGUACUUCUCAAUGCACCACCAAAAUAAAGAAUGUCAAUUUAAAAAAAAUUAAUAAUCUUGAAUUUAGUGGAUUUUUCUUGUUUUUAAAGGAACACUUUAUGCACCAUAACUGCUACAGUGCACCACAAUCAAUUGGCUAGAGCUACAUAGUAGGGUUUAGCUUAUGAAAACUAUUUAAAGCUCAAUUCAGGAGCUUCCAGUUUUCCUUAGAGAGAGUGACUGUGCCCUGGCAACCCCCAAUGUAAGCCAGCAAACUGUUUGCUAAUUUCAGACACCAGUUAAAUUUUUAUGAAGAACUGAUAGCUCCUGUUAAACCAUGCCCCACAGGGCCAUCUCAUUUCCUAAGAGUGUUGGCUGAUCAAUUAAUUAGCUAAGACUGUCACUGCUGGUUAAGUGCCACUGGUGUGGGGCUAUCCCUAUCCUCAAUACUCUCUUGACAGUAGUAUUUCUGGGAAACAUUACUGUACUAUCUGCUCUUCUGCAGACCUCCCGACAAUCCUGAUUUUUAGGUCCUGUCCCUUCAUCCUGACUUAAUUCCCUGGUCUCCCACUUUUGGGGACACUAGGGAACUGUCCCCAACAAGCAAACUGUGAGCACAUUAUAAGACACACUUGCACUAUCAGUGAAUCAGUGCUCCCUGCAGAGUCUGCCCUCAGUGGGCUGACUUGUGGAAUCUUUGAUUUAGCCAGUGACACAGUUCUGACCCACACUCUCAAGCCCCCUUCCACUAUGGGCCCAAUUCUUGGACUACUGAUGUAUACUGCAUACUGCAGCUUUGUGAACUAAAUUGAUGGAAUUGACCGUGGACAUUUGGUUGGAGGUUUCAUCCUAUGUUUUGUUGAGAUUGACUAUUGUCUCAUUGCUUAUCGCGUCAAACUUUUCUUCUUAAAAAAUCUAAAAGAUAUUCUAGAUUACACAAUUAAAUAAAUAAUUUUAUGAACAGACAAUUUUGAGAGUGGAUUCUUCAAUUCCUUUUUUUUUUUUUUUAAAUUGAUAAUUGAUGAUAUGCAUUUAGCUUUUUUUCCCCAGAAUUAUUUCUCUAAAACCCUAAAAUUCUACGUUUUACAUAAGUUAUUUAUUAUUGGCAUUUAUAUAGCGCCAGCGUAUUCCACGGCACUUUACAAUAUAAUAAAGGGGGCAUUUAACAAUAAUUUAGAUUAUUACAAAAUGUUACAGGAACAAUAGGUUAAUGAGGAACCUGUUGAAAUGAUCUUACAAUCUAGAGGAGUUAUGCUUGCAAGCUGUUCCCCCCCCUUAUUUCAAAACAGUAACUUUCUUGUCCAUAGUCCUGCUGCAUCUGGGAGGCAUGAGCUGUAUUAAAGGAACACUCACCUAACUGUAAUGCUUAUGGUGCUGACUACUUGUGGCUGCAUACUCUGCUUUUGAUAUUCUCCUUUAGCAGAAUCCACUUAGCUCCUAAGAAUUAAGGGAUGCCAUGUAGGACAAUGCUCACUACCAGACAGCAUCAACCUAGCAAUCUCAGCCAAUGAGCAGAGACAUGUAUCAUCCAAAGUAAGUCUAUAGAGACAUCCUGCUUCUCUUACAAAAUACAUGGCAUUGGGGGAAAGCCGGUACCCUGGCAAAAUGGUAUAGUGUUUGUGGUGCUUAGAGUGUAUAUUUAAGUAAUUUUUGUGUUUAUAGUGUCCCAUUAAUAAUCAUAAGACUUGGUAAAUAUUUUAUAGUCAUACUUUCUACCAUAACAGGCCUCAAGAUCAGCUUGUUCUGCUCUUAUGCAUUAUUAACUAUGCUACUCUUAGGUCACUGCAGGCCAAUGACCCAUCUUCUCUUUCUCUUUGUCAUGAUUCAUAAUAGUGAAAAAUGUUAGUUCUAAUUAAAGCAUGUAUUUUUUAAACCCACUGAACUGCUUAACUGCCACUCAUUUUCUUUAAAGAAACACUAUAGUGUCAGGAACACAAACAUGUGUUCCUGACACUAUAGUGGUAAAGUCCCUAUUUAGCCCCCGACCCCCUUAGAUCUUAGUACAAAAGUGAUUUUACUGCACUUUUCUUCCACGCUGCACCAUUCAAACCAUGGCUAGCUCUGUCUCCAUAAUUGAUAUCAUCAAUCUUGAUUAAAUCUGCCAAAACGCAGUACUGCACCAAUCAGCAUCUCCUCAUAGAGAUGCAUUAAGUCAAUGCAUAUCUAUUGGGAAUGUUAAGCUCCUCUACUCCCUUAACACCAGUGUUGCACAUUGUGCAGCACUGAUACAGGAAGCAUUUCUAGUGGCCUUCUGAGUGAUAGUGACAGCAAUAUAAACACUGCCUUUUCUAUGAAAAUGUAUUGUUUACAUUAAAAAGCCUGUAGGGACAGGCUGUACACACCAGAACAACUACAUUAAGCUGUAGUGGUUCUGGUGACUAUAGUGUCCCUUUCAGGGAUCUCCAGCCUCCGGCCCUCCUGAUGUUGUUUUACUACAACUCCCAUGAUUGUCUUGCUAUCUAUUUCAUGCAAAGAAUCAUGGGAGUUGUAGUUCAGCAGUUUGGAGAAACCUGCUUUAAAUCAUUGCAUAAAAUCCCUUAUCGGCAACAUAACCAUUUCUUGUUUUCAAGGACUCUUUUGAUGUCCUGGUCAUUUUGAACUACAUUGUGUCUAGUAAAAAGAUUUAUUACAGAGAACAAUAAGGGUUAAGUAAAGGUUACAUACCCUGAAAGGCACUAUUAGCAGUUUGAGUUAAAAGAAGCAAAAGGUCUUAGUCAUGGCUGCCACAGAAAAACAAGUGGCAAGUCUAGCUUCAGAUUGUUAUCGGUUUAUUUGCUUCACAGACAAAGCUAUAUUAACCCCCUUAAGGAGUGAAUUUCUGAUAUGCUUUCUAAACUGUAACAUCAUACUUUCCUGGUAAGGACACCCAUUCAUAUUAUAUUUUGGUUUUAAGGGACAAGAGCUGGAUGGGUGCUUUCUGUGAAUAGCCUUUAUGUAAUAAAAACAAGUGUGAAUAAAAUAUUUAAAAAUGGUAAAUACAGUAAAAAAAAAAAAUCUUGAUUUGGAUUAUAGUUUUAUCAGAAUAAAAAAGAAAACCAGCUCAUAUAAACAGCAUAAUAAAAAAGUAAUUAGCUCAAAAUAGAUUCAUUUACUCUCCAUGGUGUCUGGGAGUAAAGAAUAAUAGAAAGAAGGAAAUUGCUGGUUUUGCAGAAUUUGGUAUUCUGGGACUGCGUUACCAAAAUGCAAAACUAAUACACAAGAUUAUAUCAUGUUAGAAACUAGACACCACAAGGUAUUUCCCCAGACAGACUUACUGUGACACUUUCCAUGCUGCUAUUUUAUCUUCACUUUGCCAAAAUGUCUGUUUUUUCUUUUUGUUAGGAUUUUUUUUUACCCUCAUAACCACCAGCGUAUUUUUUCUGUGAACAUUGUAACACACAUGUGGGCAGAUUCAAAAAAACCCUCUCAGUGUUCAGCUAUAUCCCCAGACUACAGCAAUACCUUUUACGCAUUUAUAGUUGGCCAUGUUUUAGUCAUAAAAUGAAAUCUGUCCAUUUCAGAAUUCAGACUUGCAAUUUUGACAGUUUUACUCGGCCUACAUCAGAUUUAAAGGCAGAAAAGCAGCCUAAACGGCAAAUAAGCCCUGUCUUGACAUACUAUUUGAAAAAGAAAGCAGCGUGGGGUGUUAUGUUAUUUUGGGUAUUUUCACUUUGCAGCAUAUUCAUUUAAUGCUGUUGAAUUUAGAGGUAAUAUAUUUACUGUGCCUUUCACACAUCAUGUAUUAAUGUAGUAGACCAAAGUGUUCUUCUACUUCAAAGGAGCAAUGUGGAUACCACAAGCUUUUCACCUCAAUAAAGUGGUUAUGGAGUCAGUUGAAACCGUCUUACCUUCUUGGUUUCACAAUGGUUUGUUUCCUCUACUCUUGGGUUUGGGUUAAUGUGGAAGCACUAAGAAUGAUUCAUAUGGAGUGUUUCUUUAAAGACCCCCAGGUGUGUACCUCUGCAAUAGUCCACAAGUGUAUAGUACUUUGAAGGUGAGUUAUAGCAUCAACUGAAAGUAUCAACCUUACGUGUCAAAGUUUUCUUAUUACUGGUUUUGGUGUUAAGCUCAUGCCUUUAUGGCCAUCUUAUUUAUUAAAACAUAUUCAAAUUUUGGCCUCUCUACUCAUCAAGCAGAAUUAGUGCAAUUAUUAAAUAAGCCGAUAACAGCUACGUAGUGCCUUAAAGCCGUUUACACAUAACCUCGUCCACAAAUUUGUAACCAUGUACAGGGAUAUCCUGAGCUAUUGUCCUUGUAAGCAUGGGGGGGAUCCGUCACAGUUGUGAUUUGUUUAUUUGGUCCAUGCAUGAUGAGUGGUUUCUUUUAGCAGUCUUAAAAGGAUCUUUAAAAAAAAAAAAUCUUUUACUUUUAAUGAACCACAUGACGUUAGGACGUGACAGUACUUCCUGACUAUAUUGGACUGCACUGUUAGGAUGUCUUUACACGUCCAAGCCCUUUGGUGUGAGCAGGGUUAAAUCCCUGGGGCUACAUGAGGUUCCACUCUGUUAUGCUGACCAAUGAGCUGUAUGCAAUGCUUAAAGUAACAUACUGCAUGCAAAGUAAGCACUGUAUGUGGCCCUUUAAACCCCCUUAAAAUCCCCCAUCUGAGUCAGUGAUGUGUUUCCCAUUACUUGUCUGCCCAUUUUUACACUGUCUACCGGCAUCCUGAAUUAUAGGUCGCCAAUAUAGGGAGGAUAUGUAUUUUGGAGGGACAGCCACAAUUUUAAAGCCCUACAAUUAAAGUGUCCUUCUUUGAUGGAAAGACAUGGCUGUGGAAUGUGUAUGUAUGUGACAUCAGAUCACUUCUUCCCAGUGCAAAAGAUAAGGAGAACAAGGAGCCUGCACCUACUUUCCAAUCAUGUCUUAGUCACAGAGACGCCACCCGCCUGCUGCAAAUAGGAAGGAAAAAUGAGGGCAGAUACAAUAUGCUUGAUAGUCACCAUGUGUUUGUCUAGGAAGUUAUGUCUAGCACUGGGUGUGUUUAUAUGCCAAUUUGUGUGUCUGGCACUGUGUGUGGGUGAAUGUUUGUCUAGAGCAGGGGUAGGCAACCUUCGACACUCCAGAUGUUAUGGAUUACACCUCCCAUGAUGCUCUUACAGCCAUAAUGCUGGCAAAGCAUCAGGGGAGAUGUAGUCCACACCAUUUCGAGUGCCAAAGGUUGCCUGCACCUGGUGUGUUUAGAGUAUGCAUAUGUGUGUGCAUGUAUUUACAUGUCUGUGAGUGUAUGGUGGAGCCCCCCACUAGUGUUAUUUUUUAAUAGGCCCCAACAUUUCUAAUUUUUUUGUAUUGUGUGUGGAACUGCAUUCACUCCCAUCAAUCUGAGCCAGGGUGCUUACUGUACCGGAACCAAACGCCAGAUUCCCAGUUUAGUAGAAUAAAAUGAAAGGGGUCCAGGCACUCCUUGGUUCAAGACAGGCACUUUAUUGGGUCUUUGUCAAGCUGUCUUGAACCAAGGAGUGCCUAGACCACUUUCAUUUUAUUCUACCAACAUUUCUAAUGACAGCCCUGUUGAUGUUGAAAAUACUUAUCUAUUUUCCAUUGUCAUGUAUACAUGUGAACUUUUUUUUUUUUAACAAGCAAUUUAAUGACAUUUAAAGUUAGGCGAGAAAUGUAGCAAGAUGGAAAAGGAAACUUCUCAUGCAAUGGAGAAAACAUUCUGGUUACAAUAACUGUUUUGCAUGCGUUUUAACUCCUACUAAGAUGUGGUUAAUUUUUAGAGCGGUUUAUUCACAAAAAACUGUAAAAUCUUGAGUGGGUAUUUACUGAAAUGGAAGUUGUAAAUUCACACUGGAUUUAAGUUUUCAGGCCAAAAUAAUCGAUUUAAAAAAAAACAAAAACAUAGCAGAUUGUGGAAUUUUUCUGAUCUGUUUUUUUGGCUUAAAUUGGAAAUUCAGUUUAAUUCCUGACAACAGUUUUGCAAAUAAUUGUUUUUAUUUUAUUUUAUGGAGAAUGCACGUUAUGAAAAAAAAAUAACAACCGUAAAUUCAGUUGCACAGUAAUUAAAAGAACAGAUUCUUUGGAGACUUGUUAAAUAAACGGAACAUCCUCCAUUUAAUAGGAAUACCUGAUGAAUAUCACUUCUAGAGUUCUGUGCAGUCAGCCUAGAAAACGCAUACAGAGUGGAGAUAGCAGAUGUUUCUAUUUGCAUUGUGUUAGUCGGAUUAUGAUGUAAAUUGUUAUAUUUUUAAUAUAAAUUCAAAUACAAAUGGAGCAAUUUCUGAAAAAGGUUAACAAAACUAUAGGUGAUUUUCAAUGUUUCAUUUAAUAGUGUAAACUCCAGAAAAGUAGCACGUCCCUCUGAACUACAUUUCUGUCCAGCCAUGAUAACUAACCUAAGCAAAGAAUAUUGAAAUAUUUGCAGAACCUCAUUUUAUUUCCCCUCUUUACAACUCUUCAACUUAACCUCUCUCCCUAACACAUGCAUGUACACAGACAAAGAGAGCCUGACUUAAUAUAUAACACAUUCUCCCUUACACAUACAUAUUUUUGCUUUUACACCUACAUACAAAAGCCUCUGCCAUUUAUACGUGUAUAGCUCCUCUCAUUCAUGCAAAGAAUAAAUCAGUAAGUUGCUAAAGUGAGCUAACCACAUUGAAAAGUAUACCUUUUUAAAUGAUAGUUUCAGUUAAACACUAAAGUAAAUACUUGCCUUUUUUUUUUUUUUACAAACUGUAUUUAGAUAAACGGUACCAGCAGAAUGAUAGAAUGCAGAUAAACAGGAGCUAUCACAUAAUGUUUUAAAUCUGUGAUCUUCAUCAAAGUUGAAAUUUAGCAACUGUAUCUGAAUAACACACUGUCAACGCCAACCAGUGUGUGUUAGUGGCUGACUGUAAUGUACAAGGGGUGUUUGUGUGAUGUGUGGAGAUUGACUGAAUGGGAUUGUGUGUGUGCGGGAAGGCUGAGUGUGAUCGUGUGUGGUGACCAGGUUUGGUUGUGUUCGGAGGUUGGUGGAGUUUCAUUAUGGGGGAGAGUGGCUAAAUGUGAUUGUGUGAUGGUUGGUUGAAUAUUAUGAGUGUGGUUUGCUGAGUGUGAUGAGUGUGGGUUGGCUUUCUGUUUGAAAUUCACUUUAAAUUCAUGACAAUACUCAAAUUAGUAAAUAACCCUGUAUGCAUUCAAAAAAAUCCACCCGGACCUACUCAACUCCAUUCUAUGAGGCCUCCCCUACACCUGAAGAAGAUGAAGGUUCCACUUAGUUCUUCUUAAGGGUUACUCCAAUCUCAAUGUCCAAUUCUGCUUUUAGAAAUGAUCAUGGGGCAAACAAUCUGCAUGUUCAGCAUUUUAGACACAUUUCAUUAGACAUGGUUGUAAAGUUGGAUGGAAAUCUCAAAUUCCAACAUAACACGCACAAAACAGGUGAACUGACCCAACACUCUGUCUGUAGAAGACUGUGCAAUGUGUAAGUCUUUAUACAACAUAUUUAACCCAAAAACGAUUUCACAGACAUAUAUUAACUUUUUUUAUUAUCAAUUAAUAAUUAUUUUUUUUACUGUAAAUGGGUAGAGUUUCAUGAUGGUUUGUGACAACCAAACAAAGUGUAAUGUAAAACAAGAACACUGGACAGAAUAAGAAAUAAACAUCCUUCUGUCACUAUAUAUAAUUAUUUCUGUUUAGAAUCUUUUUAUCGAGUGAAUGAAAUCCACUGUGAAGACACAGAAACAGAUGUACAAUAGCUAUUCUGUGCACAUAAUUCUUCAGUAAAAUGCACAAUGCUAGCCGUUAAUCCUCUCUCUGAAGGCAGUCAUUCAUUUCUGUUUUAUUAUAUAGUGUUUGCAGUGUAUGAAUGGGCUAUAUAUGCAAAAUGGAUUCUUCUUCAGUUUUACACUAUGCACAAAAAGUGUUUUUGAAGAAAAUAAAGGUUUGUUCACUAAAACUGUGAAUAGUGAAACCCAUCACUCGUGGUGACUUCAAAAACAAAUUGUGAAAUUCAGGACAAAAUAGCCAGUGUGUGAUCAUAGCGGAGUUGAACUUUUAAAACUGCAAUUUUCACCCAAAUCAGUUUUGAAUACAAUUUAUUAGCAAAUAAUCUCCAUAUUGAUUAUUCUGGAAUGUUACUGAAUAAACAGUGGGAAUUAAAAUGUAAUAAAAUCAGCUCUUUUGGCCUGCUCAUUUUGAAUAAUUUAAUGAAAAUCCCAGUCACACUGUAUAAUGCAAUGCAAUGUACGGUAUUACCAAUUGCAGUAGAAAAAUGUUCAUUGCGUUGCAUGCUAGUAAAAAUGUUUUGGAUUCUGUGUAAAUGCAGAAUAGAAAAAAAAGGUUUAAUUUGUUUCUAAACUUUACAAUAUUCACUGUGAGACUGCAGUGAGAGCACAGCUACGUUUAACCUCUCAACAAGAAAAUACUACACUUUGUCACAAGAGUUUAAUCUCUGAAGACCUUAUGCCGUCAUGAAACAGCCUGCUUAAUUAAAAAGUAAGCACCAUAUAUCACUGCUGUUGUUAAGUGAAUGGGUCAUUCCACUUUCAAAUAUGAUCUUUUAAGGGGCACUGUAAACCACUACAGCUCGCUAUUGUGGUUAUGGUGCCAGAAGUCAACGGUACCUUAGUUUUGUGUCAAAUCAGUCCCCAGUGUGCCUGUGGUCAGGCCCCCAGCUGGACAUGAUGUAACUAUUCUCUACAUAUUUGGCUUGAACAUAUUAGCUGAAACGCUUAAAGGACCACUAUAGUGCCAGGAAAACAUACUCUUAGGGUCUUCCUCCCGCCGGGGACUCUCCACCUCCUUUCCUGUCAUCAGCUGAAUGCACAUGCGCGGCAUGAGACGCGCGCGCAUUCAGCCAGUCCACAGGAAAGCAUUCUCAAUGCUUUCCUAUGGACGCUGGCGUCUACUCACUGUGAAAAUCGCAGUGAGAAGCGCCUCUAGCUGCUGUCAAUGAGACAGCCACUAGAGGCUGGUUUAACCCAUAGGUAAACAUAGCAGUUUCUCUAAAACUGCUAUGUUUACAGCAGAAAGGGUUAAUCCUAGAUGGACCUGGCACCCAGACCAUUUCAUUAAAGGACCACUAUAGUGCCAGGAAAACAUACUCGUUUUCCUGGCACUAUAGUUCCCUGAGGGUGCCCCCACCCUCAGGGACCCCCUCCCGCCCGGCUCUGGAAGGGGGAAAGGGGUAAUAACUUACCUUUUUCCAGCGCUGGGCGGAGAGCUCUCCUCCUCUCCGCCUCCGAUCCUCCCCGCCGGCUGAAUGCGCACGCGCGGCAAGAGCUGCGCGCGCAUUCAGCCCGUCGCAUAGGAAAGCAUUUACAAUGCUUUCCUAUGGACGCUUGCGUGCUCUCACUGUGAAAAUCGCAGUGAGAAGCACGCAAGCGCCUCUAGUGGCUGUCAAUGAGACAGCCACUAGAGGAUUAGGGGGAAGGCUUAACCCAUUCAUAAUUAUAGCAGUUUCUCUGAAACUGCUAUAAUUAUGAAAAAAUGGGUUAACCCUAGAAGGACCUGGCACCCAGACCACUUCAUUAAGCUGAAGUGGUCUGAGUGCCUAGAGUGGUCCUUUAAGCUGAAGUGGUCUGGGUGCCUAUCGUGGUCCUUUAGCCAAUGAAUGACAUUUAUAUUUGUACAAAAUGUAGGCUGUAACGUUGCUUAGAGUGCCUCUUUAAAGAAAGGAUUGUAAUGAUAGCAUAGACAUAGUAGGUCCUUGCAGGGACAUUCUAUGCAUCAUUACUGUGCACAAUUGUAAUUAUGGUGCCAGGGUUACCUAGUGGUCUUCCACAUUAUGCAGUGCCAGGUAACCCAUGCCAAACAUAUAUUUUGCUAUAGUCCUGGUAAGGCUGUGUAGGUCGCUGUUCCCCUACGAUUUUUACUCACCUUUUCUCCCAUGCCGCACUGGUCUCACCACGGCUGGCUCCGUCUGGCUCUGCCUCAAUGGCUGAGAUUAUCCAACUUGCUGAUGUCAGCCAAUCCAAAGCUUUCCCAUAGGAUCAUGCACAAGGAAAUCAGAAUCAUUGAAUCUCUUUGGGGAACAUUCAGCAUCUCAUUCAGAUGCUGAAUACCAGUGCUACACGCUGUGCAGAACUGACACAGGGAGCACCUCUAGUGUCCGUCUGAGUGACUGCCACUGUAGGUAUUACUAGGCAGUAAUGUAAACACUGUCUUUUCUCUGAAAAGGAAGUGUUUACAUUAAAAACCUGUGGGGACAGGCUAUAGACACCAGAACCACUACCUUAAGCUUUAGUAGUUCUAGUGACUAUAAUCUUUACUCCAUAGUGUCCCUUUAAGAAGUCAGUUCAGGUCUCCUUCCACAAUAGAUGUAUUAGGUUUGUCCUUUAGUGGAAUUGAUAACACUAGUGUGGAAGCAGGCACUUCCACUUAAGUGAUAUCUCAAGUGAGGACUAGAGGCACCUGGGUAAGCAACUAUUCGCUAACAAUUUGAUUACUUACCUUGGGACAGCACCUGGGCACUUCUAUCACCAUAAUUACCAUCGUAUAUUUUAUUGGUUACGCUUCUUGGACCACGCCUCUAAAGGGUUUAAAACAUAUAUUAAGCUUUCCCCUACUGACUCUAUUUUAUGUUUUUCAUUGGGCAUGUGCAAUCUGUUUUUAUAUUAUUUCAAAGGUGGAAUUGCUGCAUGUGUUGUCAUAUAUGGUGUGUCUAAUGGAAGUGGAAGAACUGCAUUGGUGUCAUGCAUUUGUACGUUCCUCAAUUGAGAUAAAGGUGGGCAGCGUUGUAUGCGGCAUCAUGUGUUCACAUGUACAGUCUUUGUCUCAUUGAUCUUUGUGGGAAUAAUAACAGAUAUACUAAAUAGUGAAUGCGUUUAACUAUGCUAUAAUUGGAAGGUUAAACAAGCAUGCUUCUUGAUCCCUAGCUGUAACUUGGACACUGUCAGCAAAAAUAUGAUGCAGCAAUUUCAGAAUAUAUUUUUAUACUACACACUGUAUAGUAAUGUGUUUUGUAAAAGUUAAAAUAUUGUACUUUUAUUAGUGAAUUUUUCAGAGGUGUGUGUGUUUUUAUAUAUAUAUAUAUAUAUAUAUAUAUAUAUAUUAUAUAUAUUUAUAUUUAAUUUGAAGGCUAUAAAUCAUAUAUUAAACGCAUACCUGUCUAUCUUUACUCCAUGUAAUUAACUAGGGACUUGUGUAGGCAGGUUUGUUACUGAGCUGUUUGCAAUAAAUCGUGCUUUCGAAAAAGCAAGUCAGGGCAACCUGAGUGUGUCUGCUUCUAGGGAUUGAAGAAUUUGAUUGACAGGAUUGUCAAAGUACCAAAUUCACUUUGUAUUGGGUUGGCUUCUAUAUGUUUACAGUGAUAACCUCCUUAUGUAUGAGUCUGAAGAGACCACAAAAGAAUAGACAUUAUUAUUAUAUGACUUGUUUAUGAAAAAAUGUAUCCUGCAGGAGUGCAUUAAAAUAAUGGAUUUGCGUUAUGGGUUUCUAUAUUUUAUUUAUCUUCUUUUAGGGCAAAUCUAGAUAAUAUGGCUUAGAUUGAAGGUUUACAGGAACUGCAAAUAUGUCUAUGUUUCAUAAUAUAUGCAAUGAUUUACUAAACUGGGACUUUGCAAAAUGGGCAUCAAAACAAAAAUUAGAACCAAAGCUGUUAAAGAUUUUUCUCAGAUUUUUUUUUUUUUUAAUUUCUGUUGCUAUUUUGUAUAUGUCCCUUCUCAAUUCUCUGCAUUGCUCUACAGUCCUUUAUUAUUGAAUAAUUCUAUUUGAGUGACGUGUGUAUUUGCAUACCUCUCUGGAGUCCAUACUCUCAGGUCAAAAUAGAUGUUCUGCUGUGUUUUUUUAUUUUUAAUUUCCCUUCAAGGGACACAAAAAAAAUACGAAUUAGAGAGCUUAGUGAAAGAGAUGUGUUAUAUGUUCUGAGCAUGUGCAACUAUGCCAGACAGGUUUUCCUUUUGUUGUGUCUUCUGCUACAUGUCAAAAGUGACGUGCAUUGCAUGAAUGUUUGCCAUUCUCUUUUCAGUCUUGAUCAUUAUUUAUUGGAAGUGACAGGUUCUCAUUUCCCAAACCAAGUAAACAAUAUAGCAAUGUUUGCUAGGAUGAAUAAUACAGCUGUCAUAAGUAACAAGUGGUUGCCUAUUGACUAAAUGAAGAUCUGAGAGGUAUCUGCGCAGCCCCAAGCAUUCAGUUGCCUGGUUUUAAGGAGAAUGUGCUGCCUUCUGCAAAUCAAACAGCACCUUCCAAUUAAAUUCCCUCAACAUAUCUCCAUCAAUGAAUCCCCAAGUUGUAUUCCUACAAUGAAUCUCCCUACAGCCAUAUCACCCCAAUUAAUUUCCAGUAGUGACUCCCUGUUCAAAUUUUCCAAAAAAUAUGACCACAUACUCCAUUGGUCAUGUCCCUGCAGCCAAUCCCUGCACUGGAAGGAUCCACCGAUGCUCUCCAUUAACAGCAUUUCCUUUUAGCUUCACCCCUCCUAUUUAAUCCCCUAAACAACAUUCCCAUCCUAGUUAUCUCCUUUCUUCCCACAUAUCUCCCAAUAGUCACAGGCCCCAAUCCAUCUCCCUAUGGGUACAUUCUAUCAGGAUCAUCUUGCCACUCAUGCACAUUUACAUACAGACAACAUACAAUAUAGAAAUUCAUAGACAGACGCACACACUACUGAAGUUACUCACUCAGUCUGCCUUUUGUUUCUCUAUGUGAAUGGCCAACUUGCAGUUGGACAGAUUGUCAGUAUAACCUCCUAAUCAGAUUGUCAGUAUAACCUCCUAAUCUUUCAAUAAACCAGAUCAUCAAUUAUUCUGCAGAAGAUACCAGAAAGUUGGAGUGCGCUAGCAACUGCACUGGAGUCAGGGUCUUCUCUGAGUACUUUGAAAAAAUAUAUAGAGUAUAUAGUGCAGACUAUCUGUAUAUACAGGGUAUGCAAAAUUAAAAGUAUAUCUGGGGAUCAACUCACAUGGACCAGAGCCCUAUCACCCCUGGCUCUGCGUUUGAAUUGCUCCAAUCGAGAGGGAUAAACCCACAAUAUAGCAAGACAGGAUACUCUUCUGAAUCAGAUGUAAUAUCUAGGCAGUAAAAACAAAUAGAGAGGCAGGAGCCAAAAUUGAAUAGGAUCAAACACAGUAUUUAUUUAAACAAAAGGUUAAAAACUCUUACUUGAAGUAGUGGGUUUGCCAGCAAUAAACCCACAACUAAAUAAGCAGGAAUUUACACACAAAAAAACGAUACAGCUUAGAAGCUUCCGGGUUCCGGCUGUGAUCCGAUCACGUGAUCGCUGGGACCGCCUCUCUCUGAUGUCAAACGUGACGCGUUUCGCCCGCCUCUAAAUUAUUCUGCAGAUGCUGAUAUGUACAACUGAAAAGGUACCCAGAUGAUGGGGAAGGUAUUAAUCAUGUAAGCGGUCCAUUCUUUAUGCUUAGGAGAUGCCUGCCACUAGUAGUGACAAUAGGAGGUGGCAACACUUGUAGAGGAUUAUGCCGUAAAUGCCACUAGGGUCUGAUGGACACACAAUGACCGAAGGGCAUCUUCUUUAAAAAAACAUAACAAAAAAAUGUAAUUAACUCCAGUACUGUCAGUUUAAUUGCACCCGUUCCACACACUCUGAAACAGAAAUUAAUAAACACUUUAUUUUUAUUAAAAAGCUACUAAAAUGCAUUUGCCAACUACUUUCCUUAACAAACACACAAAACAAAAAAAGUACAGUAUAUUUAGGUGGUCAUUUUUUAGUAGUGAGUUUAUCCUAAAAUUAUAAAAUUACAUAAUUUUUUUUAUACUAGACUAUGGUUCCGCGUUUUCCAUUGUUAAUAUGUAUAUUGUGUUUAAAAAUAAUACUCCUACAAUAUUUGACAUUUGCAAUUUUUUCAGGUGAUCUGCUUUUUUAUUAAGCAUAGCAGAAAGCUAGCAAUUAGAGCAAGCUGAAACCCGCUCUUAGACAUACCUGACAUACAGCAUAUUAUUUCAACCUCUGACCAUGUUUCAAAAGUUCUCUUCAUAAAGUAAGCUGCACAAAACCAUAAAUAAAAAGUAGCAAAAAGGACACGCAUAGCCUGCAGUGAUACUAUCAAACACAAGAUUGUAGCUUUUACAUAUGUUCAUUACCCGGUUCAUUUCCACUAUAAAGUACUUGGAGGAAAAAGACUGGUAACAUUUUACUCGUACGCAAUAAUAGAAAAAAUCUGUAAGUACAAUAUUAAUGUUUAUUUAAUAUGGAAAAAUAGGGCAAUUUACUAAAAGUUUAAAUCAUCAUGAAUUCAAAGUGGAUUCACAGUAAAUUUCAAAUUUUCUGACAAAUUAGCCAAACUAAAAGCUUAACUUACUGUUUUUAAUUCAGUUAAUGGGGCCUAAAAGUUGAAAUUCACACUGUAGUAGAUAAACCUGUGUAUUUACAAAAUGGUGUAUUGACCAGCAGAUUUAAAAUGUCGCUGUUCUGGCCUAAAAUUAGAAAUGUCCUGAAAAUUUCCUGGUCAACUUCAUCAAGUUCUAAUUUAGAGAAUAAACCUGUUUGCUCUAGGUGAGAAAGUUGUGGAUGGCCCAGUCUAUGCACUUACGCAUCUAAAAGAGCGGUGGCUUGUGUUCAUUGAGUGGAGAUUUUGUUGUAUCGGGCUCUCUCCAGGGUGGUACUUGGCGCUCUGAUUUGUCGGUGCUGUUUAAAGGCAGCAAUAGCAGGGCUGUAUUCUGAUUGGCCAGCAAUGUUUUGGCACGAGCAAGUGACAUUUCUCUGUUGAUAGUGAGAACAUUUUGGGAGAUGACUGGAUGAGCAGUUGUGAGGCUCUCUUUCGACGCCAAACUUGGGUGCAGACAGCAUGCGUUAGCUCAGUCUUGCCGAGGAGUAGGUGGUCAUGGAGGAAAAGAGCCAUAUCACUCAUACCACUGUCCCUCCCCCUCUUUUUCUUUAAAUUAUUAUUUUAUUGACCUGGUAUUUUUGGGGAAAGGCAUCCCCUAGAUUUAAAGGGGAUGCAUAGAAAAUGCAUUCAAUAUUAAUGGUCCUCUGGAUACUUCACUUAUGGUAGACUGUCUUUUGGUUAAUACACUAUUUAGUUUUAGAUUAUCAUGAAAUUAAUUUAAUUCAAGUGUUAUUUUGGUUCAAUAACUAUUUUGGACAUAAUUAUUAAGCCCCAAAUGCCUGGGUUGUACCCAACUAAAGAUAUGUAUACAAAUUUUUUUUUUUAUAUUUAUUGUUAAUUUUAACAUAAUGAACACAUGCAUGCAUAUUGGCAGUGAGCUUCUUAAUUUUUUAUAAAAUAGAGACGUUGUGAUAAUCUGAUUACAAUCCCCAUGAUGCUCACCUCUGUGUCUCUACGUGAUAACACGUUUUACGUUCUGUUAAAAUAAAGUGCUGUAUUUGAGAACUGAGAUUUGUUUUGCAAUGUUUUCAUCACCGUCUAGCCAGCAGUCAUAUAUUUACAACUACAAAUUACAAGUUCCAUUUACAGUUUUGUAAGACGCUUUGUUUGCCUCUCUAAACGUGUAAUUUACCUGGGUAUAAUUUCCAAUUGCUAAUUAAAGUAUAUGAAUUUCUAUGUUUUGAUUACUAUUCAGUUUGCUACUGUCACGUGUAAUACAUAAACCAUGUAAAUUACCUCUUGGUGAUAAUGGCAAACUCAAUAUACCGAUAAUAACAUAAGUAGCAUUAUUAGGUCCUUAGGUUAAAUCAGUUAAAUGGACACUCUUAGUGACAGAACAGCUACAGCAUCAUGUAGUAGUGUAGGUGCGAAGAGACUAUCCCUGCAGUCCAAACAGUACUUUUUCUGUGAAAAAAAUCUCCAACUGGGCUCUAAUUACAGCUUUUCUAUUUUAGCAGUUUCCAGUUUGGGUUUCAAUUCACUUUCAGCUGUGAUUCUCAACCCGGUCCUCAAGGGCCACCAACAGUCCAGGACUGGCAUUGGACAAUUCAGAUCUAACAUGGCAUAGCUGGACCGUUGGCGUUCCUUGCGGUUUGGGCUAUACAAUUUACUGUUGAGUGAAUAAACCUCACUGAUUAUUAUGGCAAUCAAAGUGGUCUAGUCAUGUCUAUGAUAAGUGAGCUUUUAAAGUUGUAAUCAAGCCGAAUAGGCUAGGUCCACAUAUAUUUGCAUAUAUUGAUUCCAUACAUAAAGGAACAUCCCCUAAAGAGAAGCAUUUGCUUCAAGGAAAACUUACCAAUAUGUCCCCUUCACAUGAUAACUGGUAAAUGCUCUGCAAGUGCAGCCUCAAAAAGUAAAAACAUAGAAUCACUCCAAAAUACAGGAUUUUCUUAUAAGCUUUCAGCGUGGAAUGAAGGUCAUGAUCUAAUGCUGGGCAUCUCCGAACUAUGCUCCGAGCUCUGUUCGGCUGUUGAAAUCUUGCAAGGAAUAAUAUAGUGUCAGAAAAGUCUAAAAUAACAGUUUAGGUGGCUGCCCCACUGUGAAAAAGAGUUAAAGAUGAUAUUACCCCCUUUAUCCAGCGCUGUGUGGGUCUCCUUGCAGCUGCCUCCGCCACCUUGGCUGGGAUGUACUAGAAAAGCAUUGGGAGACUAUCGCAUAUGCAUGUAAAACACCACGCUACGCCAAUCAACAUCUCCUCAAAGAGAUGCAUUGAAUCAGUGCAUCUCUAUGUGAAAAGUUUAGCGCCUCCAUGCAGUGUGUGGAGAUGCUAAAAGUCAGUGCUGCACACUGUGCAACACUGACCCAUGAAGCACCUCUAGUGGUGGUCUGAGUGACUGCCACUAGAGGCUUUCCUAGGCAGUAAUGUAAACAUUGCCUUUUCUCUGAAAAAGCAGUGUUUACAUUAAAAAGCCUGCAGGGACACGCGGUAGAUACCAGAACAACUACAUUAAGCAGUAGUUGUUUUGGUGACUACAGUGUCCAUUUAAGUUUAAUCUUUAUUUUUAAUUAUAAACUAUGAUGACACUUUCCCUUUAAAUAUAUUGCAGAUACUGCUAGGCAGCCCUUUUUAAGUCCUGAUUGACAGAAUGCAGAACCCACAGUUAUCUAACAAUCAACACUGCACACUGUGAGCAUCAGAAACCUGUGAUUUUUACUGCGCUACCAUACAAACACUAUGCUUGGUUCUUUAGUAAUGAAAGGCCUUGCUGUACAAAUCUAAACAGUCUAAAACCUUCUGAAUGUGCAUGUGGGAUAUUUAAAUAAAGUAACACUAAAAAAGUACUAAUAUCAUAUAAUGUUUCCAGUGUUAGAAGAUUGCGCUGCUGUGCCUGGCCCACGUGUCAUUUGGCUUGUCAUAACAGACUUGAUGAAUUUAUAGUUUAUGGCAGAAAGAUGUUCCACAAUUUGCUCUAACAGUUCUCUGUGAAUUCUAAAAAGAUGUUUUUGUUUUAGAACGUUAUGGAACUCAGGUCUUAUAAAUACAGUAACGUUAAAAUGAUCCUCUAGCAGUCAUACUAAAUGUCAAAAUGAUCGCAGUCUUGUGUUAGUGGUGUUUUAUAUAUUCCGCAUAUAACACAUUUUUUAAAACCAGCAGUAACAAAAUUGUUGAAUAUAUUGUCACAACUUGGCUGUCUUAGCGUAAAUAUUGUUAUGUUCUAGAUUUACUACAAUUUGGUUUUAGUAAAUAUUUUCAGCUCCAAUUAAUCCUUGGUAAACCCCCUCCCCCCCUCAAAAAAAUAUUCAUGAUUGAUAUUAUUAAUAAUACAGUACAAAGAAAUUGUAGUUUGGAAAUGUAAGACAUUCAUUGAAGAUAGCUUAGUCCAGAGAUUACAGCCUACCAACACCGUCCAAAUUUGGAUGGAUAAUCAUACCUUCCAACUUUCACCCUUUAGGAGGGACAGUCAAUUUUAGACCCAAAUCCCUCUGUCCCUCUUUUCUCUCCUAAUUUCCCUCUUUUCUAGGAGCUCCAUAUUGUUCAUGUGUCUGAGUGUAUAACAGAGCUCCACACUAAUAAUGUGUCUUCAAACUACAAUACGUGUGAUUAGAACUCAGUGUAAAUAAAGUACAAUUUUCUUGUUAAGUCACAUUUUAGUUUAAAAAAUUAUGUCACCAAACAUUUCUCAGAAUAGCCUAGGCCACACCCCUAAAUUUAUUGUCUCUCUUUGCCCAUUUGAAAUGUUAGGAAGUAGAGAUAGACAGAGGACAGAUUUUAAUGCUAGUAUAGGCCUGUUUUUGUCAAGUCAGCUAAAUUACUAUUUAGUAGAGACGGAGGGACUGCACAUGUAGUUUCCUUGCAUCACAACCAGUACAAUAAGCUGUAGUGGAUAUAGAUUUGACAGUGCCACUUUAAAUAAAAUCAGUGUGGAAUUUUAAUAUUUAAAAAUGAAUAUUUCAUAAAGAUAAAAUCCAAAGCAUUCAAAGAUAUACAGUAAAAACCAAAGAAAAACAAGUUGCCUGCGCUCUCUCCUUAAUCCCUAUGGAUUUUUAAACAAAUGGAGGUUUUUUAGUUACUUUUUUAGUUUUUGUGUAACUAAAAAACCUCCAUUUGUUUAAAAAUACAUAGGAAUUAAGGAGAGAGCACAGGUAACUUGUUUUUCUUUGGUUUUUACUAUAUAUUGGGGCUGAUGUGUACUGUAGUCAUUGCUGCCGCCCAGUGAUGGGAGUGAGCGCAAGACUUAUCUUUCUGCAUUUGUAUCCACUUUUUGUAUCACACAGCCUUGUUACAAUGCAGCCGCCCAUCCCAUGUGUUCCCUAUUAAGGGUUAAUAAUAUAUAGGGGUGUAUAUAAAAAAUACCCCUUUCUGUCUCAUUAGAGAUUUUUGCCAGAGGCUCAAGGAAGCAAGGUGAAUGGUUAGAGCUAGGACCCACCUAGGGGGGUCUGCCUUGACGUUGGCAGGUGGGCUCAUCCUCCCAUGGCCAUUGGAGGUAACUGAAAAACGUCCAUUUGUUUAAAAAUACAUAGGGAUUAAGGAGAGAGCGCGGGUAACUUGUUUUUCUUUGGUUUUUACUAUAUAUUGGGGCUGAUGUGUACUGUAGUCAUUGCUGCCGCCCAGUGAUGGGAGUGAGCGCAGGACAUAUCAUUCUGCAUUUGUAUUCAUAGAUAUAUGUAUAUUCCCUACCUUCACAAAAGGCGGAGCUAUCUCUUAUAAAAUUGGAAAGCACUACGGAAUAUGUCGGCGCUAUAUAUAAAUGCAAAUAAUAAAAUAAAUAAAUACAGCUAUUAAUUUUAGUCAAUUCCCCAAGCUGUCACUGGUGAUGGCAGUCGAGUUAAAUUCCUUGUCUGUCGAGGCUUUCGUUAUCUUGUGGGAUUCUCUAUAGACCUCAUUGUGCAUGAUCAAGAAUGCAACACUAUUGUGGCCACCAGGCAGAUGAAGCCCCAGGAGCUGAAGAGCUCCCAUCGGGUGAACAUGGUGGGGACCAUGAGGGACAGCUCUUCCUGGUGGGGAUCAUGAAGGACAGCUCUUCCACUGCACGCAUAGACCAAUGUACUGCAAGCGAAACAGUCAGUAUGUGCAAAGGCCCCAGACAGUGACAGAGCUGCUUUGAGAAACAUCUUUAAAUGCAAAAAUAUUGUUAGCAGUUAGUAUUAUUUCUAUUCUCCUAGUGAAAAAAAUAAGCAGUUAUCAUCUUCUGUGCUUUUUGUCCGUUACAGAUAAAGUAAGCUCAAGCUUGCCUUUGUCGGACUUAGAUAUAAUAUGACAGACUGUCAUGAACGUGUUUAGUGUUGUGUUUAUAAUUCACAGUUACUUACCAACUUUUUAAGAUUAGAGUCAGUAGUGCAGUAUAAUUAGCCUUUGUUUAAGUUUAUGUGGGAAUUGUACAUAGUACACACACUUCAAAGAAAACAUUUUUGAAUAAAAUGGGUUUUCUUUUUUUUUUUUAAAUGUUAUGUGUUAGAAUUAUGAUAAAAUUACGAUUCAAUGUGUUAAAUGGUAUCCUAGCUGUGAAGAUUUUACAAAGGAAUUUUACCAAAAGUUUUUAAUGAUUUUGUAAAUGUUUCCCAGUUUUAUUAAACAGUCACUUAUUACACACACACGUACACACACACACACACCAUUAUUAUUAUAUAUCAUUGAAUCAUUGUCAGCAAAACAAAUCUAAAAAGGUUAUCCACUAAAGAAAAUGUCAGAAUUCUGACUGCUAUAGCAAUUCUUAUAUUUACUAAAGCUUAACCCCUUAAGGACACAUUACAUGUGUGACAUGUCAUGAUUCCCUUUUAUUCCAGAAGUUUGGUCCUUAAUGGGUUAAAGCGGCACUGUCAUGCCAAACCUAUCUUUCCCCAAUCGUUUCCUCUUCUCUCCUUCUCUCAGGAUCUGUUCUUAUUUUCUUCCUGUCUGCUCUAGUUUUCUUUAAAACAUAAGACAAAAUAGGGACUACUUUGUUUUAUGGAGGUUUCCUACGCUUGACCAGCUUUGACCCACUUCGUGCGGUCAAAGGAAUUUCCCCACAAUUCUCACCUGAUCUUGUGAUGCUUUCACUAUUUCCCAGCGCCCUGUCAUAUAGAUAGGACGCCGGCGAAACUACCAAAUUCCGUCCUAACAGAAUGAACAGUUUGUUCAUUCGUGUUAGAAUGGCAUUAGUUAGUUUCUGUUCGUAUCGUAAAUUCGUUCUAAUGAAUGAAACUCUGAUUCUAUUCGUGCUACGGCUGCAUCUUGAAGCCGCUUAGUAAAUAGCUCCCUAAUUCCCACGGUAUUAGGCAGCUAUCUACUAAAAGGCUGGAAGACCAAAACGCUGUGUAAAAUGACUCCGAACACUCUGAUUGUUUUUUUUAAUUUUUUAACACAACAUAGAUAACUUUUAGCUACUUAUUAGAUUGUGCUAAAAUUGAGUUACAAUAGUUUUUCUAUUCGUGCUGCGGCUGCAUCUUGAAGCCGCUUAGUAAAUAGCUCCCUAAUUCCCACGGUAUUAGGCAGCUAUCUACUAAAAGGCUGGAAGACCAAAACGCUGUGUAAAAUGACUCCGAACACUCUGAUUGUUUUUUUUUAUUUUUUAACACAACAUAGAUAACUUUUAGCUACUUAUUAGAUUGUGCUAAAAUUGAGUUACAAUCGUUUUUCUAGGACCCAAGGCAUGUUUUAUUUACUUGGAACAAACAGUUCCCUUUUGAAAUCCAGUCAAGAUUACUUUUGGAUUAAUCAUCUCAUCCCAGGGCUCCUUUGAAGGUGACCACAUGAAAUCACAAGCUUGAGAAGAGUCUCUGGAAGUAGUUUAAAGGAACACAGCCGAAUUAGGAAAACAUACCUGUAUCCUAACACUAUUGUCCUGGUGCCCCUUAUCAUUCCCCCCACCUGUAAAAAAAAUUAAAAAAAAUGAAAAAACAAACAACAAAAAAUACUCACAUUUUCUACAGUUCCGAGUCUCCCUCUUCAGGUUGCUCCUCAUAGAUUCUCUAUGUCCCACUGUGACGGCACUGUGCAUGUGACGUCACGGUAUAUUAUGGUUUGAGAGUCUGAAAGUAGGAUUCCCGGCUCUCGUUCUUAGAGGGCUUGUAGGCCUAGCUUGAAGCCACGCUUCCAUGCUUUCUGAUUAGUUUAAUAUUAGGUUUUGAGGAGAAGAACAGUUAGUGUGUUUGCUUAGCUUUGAUCUUAGAACCCAUAGCCCUUUGAGACUAUUCCUUGAUUGGUCCUACAUACACUCGCUCCAUUUUUCCUCACUAUGAAUUAGUUUGAGACUGGCACCUUGAUAUUAUGAUAAGAGUGGUUUAUUCUCUUUAUUCUAUGAUAAAGGUGUAAUUGCUUUCUCUAUUGAGGUGUGCAGAUUGUGUAGAGAUUAUUUACCUUUCUCUCCCCCCUUCUUUCCUCCCUCAGACGAGCUUUUCAAAUCACUGUGCAAUGAGUUUACAUUUGUAUGAUUUCGGGAUUUUUACUCCGCUCCUAAUAAAAAUAGGGUCUUUCUUUUUUUCAUUUAUAUUUAUUCUUAUAAUUCAUUGUGCUCUUGCCCAGUUGUUCUCUCUAAGGUUUGGGAUGUUUAUCUUUUUUUUUUUUUUUGCUCUACUAGUAAUCAAGCUUUUUUUGGGUUACCCUCCUUUUUUUAGAAAACAGCUGAGGCGACCACCCCAAGGUGAGGCGUGAUGACUACCUUGUUUCCUUACAGUUGCAUUACUCUUUUGUUUCAGUUAGCAUGUUUAUCUUUCAUGUCACAAUUAUUGUAGGACCCACCAAUAUUGAGGUACUGCGAUGAAGUGAUGGGCUAAAAGGGACACUGUAGGCACCCAGACCACUGCAGCUCAUUGAAGUGGUCUGGGUGCACUGUCCCUUUUGCACUUAGUGCUGCAAUGUAGAACAUUGAAGUUCCAUAGAAAUUGCAAUAUUUACAUUGCAGCUCUAAGUCUGCCCUCAGUGGAGGUCCUCAAGUCUUCUUGAAUUGAAACGGACAUUUGGUUCGGUAUCUGAUGCUGGACAUCCUCACACCCUGCAUGAGGACCUGCAGCAUCAGAUUUUUCCUCAUAUGAAAGCAUUGUAUUCAGUGCUUUUCUAUGGGGUGGUCAAAUUUUCCGUGCAUUCGGAUUAGAUACUGCUUGUCGCAGGACGGAGGAGGGGGUGGAGCGUCAACCCAGUGCUGAGAGACAUUGGCGCUGGGAAAAGAUAAGUUAAUAAAGAGUUUUUAACCCAUUAUUUAAGUAAGCUUGUAAGAUUUAAAACUGUUUUUUUUUUUUUUAAUCUGUAUUUAGUUAGUUAUUAGGCUGUGCUAAAAAUUUGUUAUAUCCAAAUAUCCAAGGGAUAUUUUAUUCACUUGGAAUAAACCAAAUCUUGUGAGCUCAAAUAAAUUGUAAAAUUUUCUGUUGCUGCUUGUUUUACUGAUAUGUAAAAUAAUACAUUUGAAAUUCCAGAGUUGUUAAUGUGGUCCUUUUUAUGGUAUGGUAUGUUUAAGUGGCAUGUAAAAUUGCCUUAAUGUGUGAAAUAAAAUAGUGUUUAUUUGUAAAGAAACAGUCUGUUUAGUACCGCUUAAAAGCUCUUUAUAUUAGCAGUUAUGUGAUGCCGUUUAUACCUUGCUAGUGAAGCGAGAGCCCAAUAAAAAUAACUUGUGCUUUGACUGGUAGAGGUAAAGAAGUAUAUAUAUAUAUAUACAUAUAUAUAUAUAUAUAUUCUUUAGUUGUGUAUAUAUGUUUGUUAAUAUAAAUAAAGAUAUGGUGGGCCACAUUUCAGCAUAGGAUUGACAGGUAAAUAAGUUAUGUCAGUAGUUCCAUUUUUUUUGUUACAGGUACUUAUUAGGACCUAGACUUGGGGAAAUUCAUCAUUCCUAAUUUCAUGAAGGAACAAUGAGUAAAAAUAGUGGAAUUUUAUUUUCAAAAUGGCAGGACCAUUAUUCUGAUACAAAAAGAAAACUGAGGAUAUGGGUUACUGCCCAUUCAGCCAGGGCCACAACGGGCCUUCUAAAACAACUGUUUGGCAAGUGGAUCAUUUCAAGAAAUUCACAGUUUUUUUGGACACCAUGUUUGCCAGACCUUUUAGCAUCUAAUUACUUUCUGUGGGAAUAUCUGAAGGUGCGAGUGUACAUGAACAAACUGAGUACACUCGAGCAGCUCAAGGACAAUAUCCGUGCAGAAAGUGCUAGAACCUCAUUAACAAAUACAAUUGAAAAAGACAAACUUUGCGUGGGGGUAAAUGGAACUCAUUUGAAAGAUGUAAGUCUUCUGUACCCAAUCAAACAAAUCUCCAUACAUUAAGCAUCAUUGUAUGUAACAUCAUUAAAAUUGGUUUAAUAAUAAUAGUAACUCCUCAAACCUUUUGCCCACCCUGUAUAUACUAAAUUAAAGAUGAUUCUUUUUAAUGGCAGCACUACUUGAAAUGCAACAUUUAACUUUAUCAAGGCUUUAGUAUAUAUAUGUACACUGAUUAACCACAACAUUUAAAUCAUUGUCAGGUGAACUGAAUAACAUUGGUGAUAUUGUUUAAAUGGCACCUGUCAAGGAGUGGGAUAUAUUAGGACGCAAGUGAACAGUCAGUUAUUGAAUUUCAUGUAUUGGAAGCAGGGAAAAUGGGCAGGCGAAAAGAUCUGUGUAACUUUGACAAAGGCCAAAUAUUAAUGUAGUGAUUGAUAGCUAGAUGACUGGGUCAGAGCAUCUCCAAAACAUCAAGUCUUGUGGGGUGUUCCCAAUAUGCAGUGGUUAGUACCUACAAAAUGUUGCAAGUAAGGACAACUAGUAAACCGAUGUCAGGGUCAUGAGUGUCCAAAGAUGAACAUAGGAAGUGAAAUCUAGCCAAAAACCUAAUGCUGGUCAUGAUAAAAAUGCGUCAGAACACAAAGUGCAUGCAGUUUACUGUGUAUGGGGCUACGAUCAGAAUGCCCAUGAUAUCCCUGUCCAUCACCGAAAGCACCUUUUUAUGGAGAUGUGAGCAUCAGCACUGGACCAUUGAGCGAUGAAAGAACGUUGCCUGGUCUGACGAAUCACGUUUUCUAUUAGAUCAGGUGGAUGGCCUGGUGUGUGCACAUUAUGGGGAAGCGAUGACAGCACAAUGCACUAUGAGAAGGAGACAGGUUGGCAUUCAUUUGGAUGGUUCCUAGACCCAUACUACCUACCUAGAGAUAGUUGCAGACAAGGUGCACCGCUUCUGGGCAAUAGUGUUCCCUGGUGGCAGUGGCCUCUUUCUGCAGAAUAGUGCACCCUGCCACACUGAAAAAAUGCUCAGGUAUGGUUUGAGAAACAUGACAAAUAGUUCAAUAUGUUGUUUUGGCCUCCAGAGUCUCCAGAUCUCAAUCUGAUUGAGCAUUGGUGGGAUGUGCUGGAACAACAAAUCCGAUCCAUAGAGGUUACACUUCGCAACUUGCAGGACUUUAGGGAUCUGCUGCUAAUGUCUUUGUGCCAGAUACCACAGGACACAUUAAGAGGUUUUGUGGAGUCCAUGCAUUGAUGCAUUAGAGUUGCUUGGGCAGCACAAGAGGAUCUUAGGCAAGUGGUUUUAAUGUUGUGGCUGAUCAGUAUAUAUAUAUAUACACACUAAAGUCUUGAUAAAGGGGUAAAUGUGGCAUUUCAAUAGGUGUUGCCUUUUCCCUUUCACAGUUAUCUGUCUGUCUAGCCUGUAUACUAGUUGAGAAUAUCACAUAUUCAUUACAGACACUGCAAAAGAGAACAUAGACAUAAACAAAGAGUUACUGCUGACAUUGAUUACAUUUUACAUAGGCAACAAUAAAGGACAUUAUUGUACAAUUGUACUAAUAUAUCACAUUGCUAAGAUUGUGUCAAUUUCAGAAACCUAUAUUUUUUUUCAAUAUUUUAACACUACAUGCUAUUUGGUGUAUUCUUCCACAGGCAAGAGUUUUUAAACAAAGUUAUUAGAAACUGGAAAAAAAAAUAAUAAUAAAAACAAAAUAGCUAGAUAGAUAGAUAUGUAGAACAAAAUAUUUGGGGAUAGACAGAGAAGAGUCAAGAAUAUGUACAUAUGGUCAGACGAGAAGAAACAGAUUUAAUUCCAAAGAAACAUUGUGUGUUAGUCAUCUCCACCAUAUUAAUAUAUUUAAUUUUGUUGAGGAAAUGUUCUUGAGAGCAUGCUGCCAUUGGAUGCAUGUCGCCAGCAUGCUGUACGUGCUAACUAUAGAUGUCAAACAUGUACGGAAUGGAUAAUGUUCCAGGCUGGCUAAUGACGCCCCCGAUGCUGCAGAGGGGUUAAAAUAAUGAUGGACAUGCAGACUCCAGGCACCAUAACCACUUCAAAUCACUGAUGUCGUCAUUGUGUUUGGAGUAACCCUUUAAAAGUUGUAAAUUAUCAAGUAAAAUAUAUGCUAUUUAUUUGGAAAAUGCUAAACAGAGAACAAUCCCCAUAAAAACUAAUGUUUGCCAACAUUUAGCAGCUUGGCCCAGAAUAUCACUUAUUUUCACUUGACAAAUCCAGCCAAUAGUGUAACCAGACUUUUCCUGUAAGCAGGGAUUCUUAUAAAGCCACAAGUAAUACAAGCAACAAUGAAUUAAAUGCAGCAUCCGUUUAUAUAUUUUCUAUAGCAGGGUCCCAUAAUUCCCAUAAAGGGAACAUCUGGUCAUAUUUGCAAGUGCUCUUUGUUGAUGUCAUAGAUUAAUAACUGAUGUGUGUGUGUGUGUGUGUGUGUCUACCAAGCAAUAGGAGGUAUACGCUCUGCUUGACGAUGACUGGAAAAAUGUUAAUCCUUGCCAUGAAUGAUUUUUGGCAAAAAUGUGUUAACUGAUUGAAGAUCUGUCUUUAAUUAAAGGAUUUAGUCUAUCCGUGUGUCUGUUUAUGCCUGGAAAAAAAUAUCCUUUGCUUCUCUAAUAGCCUAGAAGGUACUCCGAUCAGAGUAACAGAGUAACAUUAACAUUCUUUUUUUUUUUUUUAAAUCUCUGGAAACUGCCUUUUGGAGAAGUACAGCAUAAGCACUGUGCGAAAUGUGUUUGGGCUUCUGGGAGGAAGAAACACAAAUCAGGAAUAUUGGACAUACUAGCAGCUUGUGUUUUUACUGUGAAUCCUUAAAUACGUAUAUUUCUAUAUUUUGGCUGAUGGGGGUUGACUGUUUAUUCUCCAUCCACCAUCACUUUCAGAAUUAUCCACUACCUUAUUUAUUUAAUUUUAAUUGAUAUCUCAUUAUCCGCCUCUUUAAUCUUGGAAAAAGGUUUGCCAAUAGAAUCAUUUACUGUUCCCCUAAUAAAGCGAUGUUAUGUUAUAUUAAAUCCUCAGUCUGUAUUUAGGCGCUGUUCUUUGUGAGUGGCAAUUUUAUGUAUUUUGGGUAGUUUGGGUAUUAUAAAUCUUUUUUUUUUUUUUUCAUAAAUAUGCUCUGUGCCCCUGAAGAAAUUUUAUUUUUUUUACAAGUUCACUCUAAGUAUCACAAACACUACAGCUUAUGUUGUGGUUAUGGUGCACUGCAGAAACAGUCUUCUCCCCAAUUUGCAUCAAGUUAUUUUAAACAGUUUUUAAAAAAGGGGUCUCUCACCAAGCCUAAAGACCAGGCUUCAUAUAUAUUUUCAUAUAGAUUUGUGAGAGAUACAUAUUUAAAAUUCCAUAAUCUCUUCCAAUUAAUAUUGUGUACUACACUGAUUACACCAUUCCUUUUGCAGGAAAUUAAAGAGUUUUUGAAGCAUAAUUUCAUACUCUCGUAGGCUAAAAUUCCCUAAUCUAUUUACAUAAAUAUUGUAGAGCUCAAGACCAGAUGUGUGGAAAGAAAUCAUUUUGAGGCAAACGGAGCUGAAAAGAAACACAUUUCAAAGAAACCUAGUGUAACUAUCCUUUAGCUCUUUUAACAGAGAUUUUGUGAACUCAUAGGCUUAUUCGCUAAGUUUUGAACUAUGAAUGAAGCGCACUUGGGCAAUAACAAAUCCACUGGUAUAAAGACAGAUUUUUUAUGAAACCAGUUAUUUGUCCCCUAAUUUUGCAAUUCUGUUUUCAGUACUCCACAGUUUGGUGUUUAGUGAAUAAAUCCCCAAAUAUUUGAAUUUAAGCACGGUCUUUAGUAAAACAUACCCAGUCUAUGGCAACACAAUUUAAAGAUCCAAUAUAAUCUUAAUAAGUUUUAUAAUUGAAUUCAUAUGAAUGGCAGGAACAGGCAGAGUGAAAGCAUACAGAAUUCAGUUUAGUUAGAGCUAUAUUAAAUAGGAAGAAAUUGAAGUAACUGGGAGAGUGUGUUGUCGGCAGAACACCAACACUUUGGUACUUAUAGCAGGGUGACCUGGUGUUCUGGUGUUUUUUUUGGACAGUUGCUUUAUUUAGUCCUUUGCCACUAAAUUAUUUAGUUUUGUAAACAUUUGCCUCUGAGGUUUGGAGGGAACACAUAUUUUAAAAAGAUAUUAGUUUAAAUAGCAAUUAUAACAAAAUGAUAAAACUAGUAGUCUUUAUUUUUAAACUUUCCUCCAUCGCGUUAUUCCCUCGCGAUAAAUACUGAAAUAGUCCUCACUGCAGUGAUGGAACAAGGAGCUUCUAGCUUAUAAAAAUAAAUGGAGCUCUUGUUUAGAAGAUUAAAUAUAAGCAUAGUAGUUAGGAGGGCACAUUGAGAAUUAAAAAUAUUAGUGUUCAGGUUAAGAAAAUUUAGUUGAAGAUUAAAUUCAAGUAAUGGGAAUUUCAAUGAGGAACUUAGUUGUAGGGAAAAAAUAGUCACAGGAUGUUCAUAAUUUAGAAGAGCUAGUUAUAAGACUUGUGAACUAGUCAUGUGCUGGACAUUUUCUACCUAGUUUCCAUGUUAUUAUUAUUAUUAUUUAAAAAAAUGUGCUAACAAUUUCUGCAGCUCUGUAUUCAUCAACAAACAUUUGCCUUAACGAAAAUACCUGCUCAAACAAGCCUACAGUCUAAAGAUAUGAUUAUCAUUGAACUCUGUUAUGUUUAGUGCUGAUCUCACUUCUAACACAAUGUAUCCAACAGAGAAUCAUAACUAGGAAGUUAUGGCGCAUGGUUUACAAUUGCGGCCCUCCACCAAUACAAUAAUUCUUAUAGAGAAGCAUGGAAUUCAGUGCUUCUCAAUAAAAAGUGCUCAUUUAAAGUAAGUGAGGAAGGAAACCCUAGUUUGGCAGACUUAGUUUCUGCAUUUUGGGGUGUACAUACCUAACAUUUUCUUUUUUGGCUUAAAAUUUUAAAGGGAUUGUAUUGUGUAAGGCAUACAAAGUUGUAUUCCUUACACUAUAGCUCCCUCUGCUCGCCUCCCUCCCCAGCAUUGAAAGGGUUAAUAAGCACUUUCUGUACUCACACGAUUCCAGCACCGAUCUCCCUCAGCACUUGGUCAGUGCAUCACCUCUUCCAACGUUACCCGACAGAGGGGGCACUAAUGCACAUGGCAAUAGCUGCAAGCGCAUUAGGCCCUCCUCUUAGGAGAGCAUUGCUUCAUUGCAUUCCUAUGGGGAAUUAGCUGACGCUGGUUGUCCUCAUGCACAGCAUGAGGAUGUCCAGAGUCCGUUAGGUGACCAAAAGCCUUAUUGAAAGACACUAGAGGCAGUGUUAUUCCUGCAUGGCAAUUAUUGCAGUUUCUCUAGAACUGCAAUAAUUUCCAUUGCAGGACUAAGUAGGAAAAGGACAGUACAUCCAGACCACUUCAAAGAGCUGAGGUGGUCUGGGUGCCUAUAGUGUCUCUUUAAUUUCCUUUUCAAUUCUCUGCAAUUCCAGUUUAAUGAAUACCAAUGCAUGCAUGACACACAAAAUAUACGGCAUAUCUUUCACCGCAUACAUAUUUACAGAUGCAGAACAAAAGCAUUUAUCUUACAGUUAACGUUCCAUAGCAUACUGUUCAUAGAGGCAUGUAUUGCCACAUUACUAAAUCAUAUUUUUGUAUGUUUUGCAUAGGCAACGCGAGACGUAACUAAACCAAAUAUUCCAACAGUUUCUGUACAAAGGGUUGUAACGUCUUGCAUCUCUAAUAUUACCUUCACCACUAAUGUCAGUCUGUGUAGACUAGAAAAUGAAUGGUUUAAAAGAAACUACAUAUAAUCUCUUUUAAUUCCACACAGAAACCAUACAAAUAGAAUUACAUUAUAAACUACUGCACAGAAUCUUAAAAAUAAUGUACUAUUAUUCCAAAAGAACAUGUUUUAUGUUAACAUUUCCAAAAUUACUUUCCUCAAAAAGACUAGUACAAUAAUUAUGACAAAGUGCAUAUAAAACAAAUGGGUUCUCUAUCUAUGCGUAAGAAAAGUCUUCUACCUAUAAAAGCCCCAUAUUUUAUUACACUUCCAGAUAAGCACAAACACACUCAGAUACAGACUGCCAGACACAUACAGAUACACACAUACACAACACCAUAUGCAGUCAAUGCUUGAUAUGCAUGCUUACACAGAUACACACUGCCACACACACAAAUUCAUAGAUACUUAAAGGGACACUAUAGUCACCAAAACAACUUUAGCUUAAUGACGUAGUUUUUGUGUAUAGAUCAUGCCUCUGAAGUUUCGCUGCCUAAUUCACUGCCAUUUAGGAGUUAAAUCACUUUUGUUUCUGUUUAUGCAGCCCUAGCCACCCUCCCCUGGCUGUGACUGACACAGCCUGCAUGAAAAGAAAAUGGUUUCAUUUUCAAUCAGAUGUAACUUACUUCAAACCUUUUUUAUCUCCUGAGUCUAACCAGAGCAGGAGAUAAGAAAUUCUGAAUUAAACAGAAUUUGCAUUAUAGGAAGUGCAAACUUUAGAUGACUCUUUACAGGAACUGUUUAGGAUAGCUGUGAAAGUCACAUGCAGGCAGGUGUGGCUAGUGCUGCAUUUAACUUUUAAAUCCAAAGUGGCAGGGAAUUGAGUAGUGAGACUGCUUAGGCACGAUCUACACACCAAAUCUGUUUCAUUAAGCUAAAGUUGUUUUGGAGACUAUAGUGUCCCUUUAUUGCCAAGUACACAGAUAUGCCUGGCAUGUAAAUAUGGAUACAAAAAAAUCUUAAAAACAAUAAUAUAUUAUCUAUAAAUAUUUUAUAUAUUUAUAAUGAUAGAGGUUAAAACCACAAACCUCAAAUUAAAUAUGUAUCUAUACUAUUGCUAUCAGUUUGGCUUGCACAAUGUAGAUAUUUCUUUGUAUGUUCUACAAAGCCCUUUAAAUAUGAAACAUCACCAGAAAAGCCUAUGCAUGUUCUCCUUUAUAGCAUACAUCAUUAAGACUCUAUUUCAUGGUAACCUGCAUGUGCUUUAGCAGUAAUUUAUACACUGUCUGAUAUACAAUAUUUCCAUUAAAUUGUUUAAUUAAAAAGUGGAACAGAGAAAAUUCAUUCUGUGCUUCAAAAGGAAAGACUGUGCAGACUGCUUAAUGUUUAUACUAGUCAGACUAAACAGUUGGAUCUGUACACACCUCCUUUCCUUCGUAAUAACUCUUAUGCCAGGCCUGGUGCCAAGAUGUGAAGAACACAUAUGUAAGAGGAACACAUUUUUUUAGUACUUUCAUACAGGCAGAUAGAAAGAGUUGAAUUGUUUUUUGCCAAAAUCAGCUGUCUUGAGGGAAAUUGCCAAUUCGGGGAUCGUAAUUCAUUUGGCAAUUCACCAAACAUUUCAGAAAUAAAGCCACAAAUUCCAGGAAAAAUGGUUAACUGAAAAAUGUAUGUCUGGAUUAUUCACUGAACUGAGAAUUGAUGAACUCGACAAGAGACUUGCACACUGUAGACUAAAACAUCUGAGCUGGAACAACAUCCGAGUAGAAGGAUUUUUAGAUGCACAUUCUUCCAGAAAGUUAGUGUAACGGCUACCCAGAUAGUAAGGGGGUAUCAGCCGUUGGCGAUGUCCUUUUCCUGGCAAGCUGCUGUGUAGUAAUGGAGUUUCUUAUUCCCAUCCACGAGAUCCAAGAGUAAAGCCAGGCAUAGCUGUAAAAUGGAGCAGGAUAAUUGUGCAGUAAAUCCCCUUCCGAGAACGAGACGAGGCUACGUUUUGAAGGGUAAAGCAGAACUGGCUUUUAAUGACAGGCACUCUCUUUUUAUGUGAUUCUGCCCAUGCAAAGGCGACACCUACAUAAUUAACAGAACAACCAAUAAACAUAAGGUACAUCCCACACAUCAAAAGGAGGGGCAGUAACAUAAGGUACAUCCCACACAUCUCCUCCCCUCAGAUAAGAUACUAACAUAAUUAAAACGAACAUAUUUUUCCCCAAAGUUCAGAUGUCCCCCAGAUAGCUCUAUUCUGCGGGACCAACAUAGUUAAAAUUCAGCCCAUUCGGUUCAGCCGUUCGGGAGAUAUGGGACUUUAAAGUUUUGACCGACAGCACAGGCAAAGUAGCUGAAAAUAGUUCCAUGAGUUUUGGCCUUGCGGUCAGUCUUUGUUCGUGUAUUAAAAGUCACAAAAAGGAUUGCCAUCCGUGCGUAACUCGGGUGUUCGGUAGUUUUGGCACGAAUUUCCGGUGUUAUGGAGGUCUCAGCGGUGUUCGCCUACUCGAGUGUCCGAUUUUAGUUCCAAACACUCGACGGCAAAUCACCGCUGUUCGUGCGUUAAGAUGGCCGCGAACACAUGCAAAGUCCCGAAAUGGCGGCCACCUAAGAUCUAACACAAAGGAUUUGUGCAUUUAUCAUGCGAACGGUAUAUGCCGGUCUGGGAGGUAAAAUACCACUUAAUUGAACAGCAGGGUGGUCCGGUGUUCAGCAGUUUGUAUUCGUCUUUGUGCCUGCUGGAUUUCUACCGCAUGGAUUGCACAAAUAGACGAAUGCUGGCAACAUAAGUCCUGAACUGGGCUAUAAUAAGUCACAUAACCAGGUAAGUAUAAUCCCUUGUAUUAUUAGGUGUAGUAAUUGUAAAAUAUGUCCAGGCAGAAAGUAUAGUUCUGUUACAAUUAGUAUAUAGUAGGAUCAGAAAUUGGUAGGAUAUCCAAGUGAGACCACUGACUCGGAGAUUCCACUAACAGACAGACAGAGAAUGUGAGGUGGUAGUUUUUAAAGGGAGAAUCUAAGCAACAAGACCAUUACACCUUGAUAUAGAGGCUUUGGUGAAUGGAUUCUCUCUCUUUGCUCUGGCAGUAUAAUGUUGUUUUGCUGAACAUUUACCUCUAAUGGCAGUCAGCCUCUAGUAUCACUAGUAUCACUGAUUUACACAUGAUCCAUAUGAUGAUAAUGCCCAACGCAGAUUCAAGCCUUCUCUAUGAUAAGCACUGGACUGGCAUAGAGUGGUGAUUGCUGCAUAUGCAGCAUAGUUCUGCAGUGCGAUUUGAUUGGACCAGAGAUCAUCAAGCAUGAUGAUAUUAUCAUGGGAAAAAUGGCUGCAACAUUUGCUGGAGUGGAGUCGGUCCCAAUGCUGGAUUACCGAUAAAUUUUAUGUUGUUUUGCAGUUGGAAUUUUUCCACCAUGCACAUGUCUAAUUAGAGUGUUCUUUUUUUUAACAUUCUUUAUUUUAAUUUUCCCAUAUAUUACAUAUGUUGCUUGUAGAUGGUGUAAACACAUCGUUAAAACAGUCCAGUACAGAAAAAAAUGGGGAGACAAGGGUAAUACAGAACGAAGAUAUUGUUAGUAGUGUCAUAUAACAGGGUAGUUGCAUUAUGUGUACAUAUUACCAUAAGCAGAUAGACAUUGUACACUGUACAUAUUAUCAUAAUCAGAUAGAGUUAAAUUAUGCAAAUACCGGACUAGUAAUUACGACAGUUGUUGGCAUGGCAUUGGUACAUGCUAUUGUAGGGUAUGGUGAAGGUCGUCAAAAGUGUGUUUGCAUGACACACACAGGACCUCCUGUCUCAGGUUAGGGCAUAUUGAGUUCCAUUCACCUGGUACUUGUGAUAUCUGCUCUAGAGUUUCACUUAAGGCUCUUGCCGCGCGUGCGCAUUCAGCCGACGGGGCGGAACGGAGGAGGAUCGGAGGAGGAGAGCUCCCCGCCCAGCGCUGGAAAACGGUACGUUUUUACCACUUUCCCCCUUCCAGAGCCGGACAGGAGGGAGUCCCUGAGGGUGGGGGCACCCUCAGGGCACUAUAGUGCCAGGAAAACGAGUAUGUUUUCCUGGCACUAUAGUGGUCCUUUAAAUCUUGUUGCAGUGUGGAACAGCAGAGCAGGAACAACAAUGUUUGGACCUGCAAUGAGGUCUUUGUCAAGCACAUUUUUAACAUUGUUAAAAUUUGGGUUCUAGCCUUGGUUAUCACUCCAAUUAAUGCCCCUGAGGGGAACUGAAAUGUUCUGAUAGAGAUAUCCCCUUUCCUUCACCCCAACAAAAUUAUUAAAGUGUAGGUAAGUAAAUAAUGGGCGUGGACACAACUAAUAAUCCAUAAUGCUUUAAGGGUACCCAGAUUCGCCCAUCCUCAGUUCCCAACCAUACUGUCUUUGUGCCAAUCAAUGCCAUCCAAAUAUGUUUUUUUUUUUAUUGCUAAUGCAGAAAUGAAACUAAGAUAUUAGCAACAGCUAAUCAGGGUGCACGAUCAUGGGUACCUUAAGGAUCCUGAUUUCUAUCAAAUCAUGUUUAAGUGGUUCCAUUACAUUAGCACUUGGUGGUUAUGGUGCUUAGACUUCUCCUUAGGGCUACGCAAUUCACUAAAGCCCGCUGUAAUGUUAAAAAUGUGAAUUGUACCCGGGCUCCAUUUCCCAGUAAUUGGGCAAGCCAUUUUGUAAUGGUUUGUCCUCUUAUCUGGGUCCCCACCAUUACCUGGGUCUUUCUAUUCUAAUGAUGCUCAUUCAGCUUCUGCAGCUUUGCACAAGGUGGAUGAUGAGUCUGUCUCCUUUCAUUAGCUGAGAAUGUUAGGUGACUGCUCUCAACCAAUGAAUGCAAUUGUGUGUAUAGAAACGUGCACAUAAUUGAUAUUACCAGCCCGGAACUCUUGUGGGCUGAUGGCUCCCCAAUGACAGCGCCCAAAGUGGAGCUCUGAGGUUAAACUCUGUAUGUGCAGCGUCUCAGAGUGAAACACUGUACAUACAGAAUCUAGGCACUAUUAUCACUUCAAAUCACUGAAGUUGCCAUGUUGCUUGGAGUAUUCACACUGUAUCAAAGCUGGACUGCUUAUUAAAAGACCUUAAUAAGUGAAGCAUUGUGUUAAGGUGUGCAACCAGGAGUUUUUAAAUCCUUUGAGUGCUACCAUUUUGGCUACAAUUUCCUUUUACCCAUGAGCUGUGGUAUUUCAUGGGUUAAAAUUGUUGUCCUUUUUGGUGUGAAAUGUUUCUUGUUUUCCUCCUACACAAGGUAGAGGCUAGCUGUGAGUCAUGCAAUAGAGAAAAAAAUUGCAGAUAUGUGUGUGAAUUAUUGCCAAAGGCGUGCAUUUUUAACAUCCUGGGAUCCUGAAGAUUUGUUGUGCUUGGCAACAGGAAAACAUAUUUGCUGAUUAUUUAGGGGGAAUAUAGGCAGAGUAAAAUACUAGGGCGUUUUUCUGUAAUAAUUAUGAAUACAACCUCAUUUCAAUCUCAUCAUAAAUUAAAUGUUAACUGAACGAAACUGCGCAAAUUUACGAAAUUACCACAAACAUCUUUGUGUGGGUGGGUUACGAAAUGCAGAAUAUAGUUCAAGUAGAAUAGUGUUGAAAUUUAAUACUGCAUUUAAAUUUGGGCCAAGAGAAAUUGAAUGCAGCUGUACCAAAUCUCUUUCCUAAAUGGGGUGUAUUUCACGGAAUUGAUUGCAAAUAAAUGCAAAGACAAAACGUAAGAGUAGGUUAUACCUGUAAAUAUAAAAAUACGGCUUACUACAUGCUUCCUAUUGCUCUGAAUCAGCUAUCAACACUGAAAAUACAUAUAUAAAUAGAUAUCAUACAUGUAUAAAUAAAAGUAAUAGUGUAGCAAAUUAUUGAACUUUUGAAAGCCCACAUUGUAUUGACAAAGUCUUUUAUGAAAUACGUCAGUGGCAUGUAGUUGCAAAAUGCAGCCACAACAAUUUUGAUUUAAAAAAAAAUGCAUUGUGUAACAAUACUACGUGAUGAACAUGUUUGCACCUACUUUAGGCAGUGUGUGAAUUUGAAACAUUUGUUCAGAUUUUGGAUUGCAUAGAAUAUUUCACUGGUUUUAAUAAAUGUUAAAAAAAAAAAAAAAAAAAGACCUAUUGGAAACUAUUGGGUUUUAACCCUAAAUCAAGACUCAAACCUGAAUUUUGCUGCAAAAUAAUGUUGAAUAUCAACUGUAAAAUCUGAAUUUUAUGAAUGCUUUAUGCAUUGUAUCCACAUCUAAACACCGGUAUACCGUGCGUGGAUAGUUGCUGUAGCAAUUCAUGAGUUUCAUAUUUUUAAAAUAAAAUUUUAUGGAAUAUUUGCUAAUGUUUUCACCCUUACCAAAAUUUUGACUUAAUCAACCUCAUCUUCAUCCCAAUUGCUUUUUAAAAGUCUAGACAUUUGCUAACAAAUUCUAAACGUGUUAUUUAAUCUUCCUUUUCAUUACAGAAUACCCAAUGCUUAGCAGUGAUCAAGACCGUAUCCAGUUAUGCAAAUUUUGUGAACCAAGACCGACAACUUGUACUGGUGAUUUUAUCUGUCCAAGUGACUGCAGUGUAACAUCUAUCUGUAAUGGAACAGAAGUAUGUGUAGCAGUCUGGUAUGUUUAUUUAAUUUUAUAUAUUCAAUAUUUAAAUAUUACCACUUGGUUACAUUACUCUAAGGGUAAGGCCUUAAGCCUAGCAGAUGCUGUGAAACCUUAGGCCUGGAGGGUAAAGAAAUGCAAGUGAAAGAUAUGGGAAUAUGUACAAGUCAGACAUGGGUGAAAGACCUAUGUGGGAGGGAGAAAUGGCAAAGUUUUAUGUUGGAGGAGUUAGACAUAGACACAAGUGGGCAAUUGGAGCUAGGACACUAGGGAGUGGUUGGAGUAGAGACAUUAGGGUAACAUUGUAAAGGCAUUGGUGGAAGGGGUGGAAGUGACAUAAUUGGGGAUAGAUGAGGAUGGAUAUCGCAGUGAUAGAAACUGGGACAGACACUGAAGCAGAGAGAAUGGGAACUAAACCCAGACUUCAUUCACUUAUACUCUACAUACAUUUCUCCCAGAAUUUACCUUUAAUACAAACAGGCACAUGCAUUAGCACACACCAACCGUGGCACAAAAUAUAUUUUUAAUACCCUACACACAAAUACACCUAUACAUUAACACGAACACCCCCCAAAAAACACAUUUCCAAAUUCAGAGACCUCUAAACAAAUAUACAUAGACGCUACAUGUGACAAAAGAGACUUUAAUGUGUCACUUGGCACAAGAUGCAGAGCCCGCCCCCCAUGCUGAGAUACCUUCCUGCCAGUUGCUGUUUGAAAAUAAAGAUUGUUGCUGUUUGUACCAAGAAAGAAGCUGGUUGUCUCUUUCCUUGCUGUAACUAUCCAAGAUCUGCUUUAAUGUGAAUGCUGGUGGAUAAAGGGACUCCAAGCCCAGGUCAUAGCACUUAGUAUAGUGAUCAGCUGUGCAAGUUAGUGGAAGUACCCACGCGCGAUAUUAGUCGUAUCAUCACAAACUUACACAUACAUAUUUUUUUUUGCAUUUACAUACAGUGACAUCACAUACAAAACAUCUCAACCAAAACUAGCACAGAAAUCACAGGAGUCCUAAAUAAACUUGCUCACUACAUGAGCACAGGCUUUAGUUAUACCUACCCAAAGCAGAUGGAGAAAGACAUACACUUGCAUCAGGUUACUAGUAUCGUGGCUGUUUAAGAACAUUGUGGAAUUCAGUAACAGAUUCUGGAAAAAUCGUGUAGGAAAAAGUUGCCCAACUGUGGACCAACAGCUGUUUUUUACAUACAACAUCAGGCAGGCAAUACUUUGAAUUAUAGUUCCACAGGAGGGGACAUGUUAAACAUUCUUGUUGUAAAGAGAUAACACUGUUAGAUUGACCCAUACAUCCGGUAACAUUGUGUUCUUCUUUGGACUACAGGAGAAGGACCACUAAGACCAUUACAAUGGAAGUUAUGUGUCAUGAUCCAGAAGUAGAACUGUACGACCACAAGUUGGGUGACUCUGUAUCAGAUAAAUGUGUCAUGCAAAACAAGCAAUCACAGAGAGAAAGUCUAUACAUGUGCUCCUGUAAAGGGGAGGAGUGCAAUGACUUACUUUACUUUGAAAGUAUGAAAGGUAAGAUACAACGAUUUGAAAAUGUGAACAUCUCUGUGUGUUUGUGUGUUUUAACAUGUUUGUUUUCUAAAAUAAAUAUUUCAAUUCUUUUUGAUUUGUUUGUUAAUGUUACGUUUUGACAUGUUUCAGCCUUUUUUGCACACCUAGAUUCACACUUCAUGUCUUCAUUCUAGUUCUUAAUUACAGUUUAUUUUUAAGAGAGAUGCUAGACACCGCAAUCACGAAAGUUCACUGUAGUUCUUAUAAUGCAAGUAAAAUGUCCUUCUAAACAUACCUAUGAAAACUAUACUGUUUUCAUCUCUAUCUUGUUAAUCAGUGGUGCUUAGACUCCCCCCACUUCCUGCUGACAUCAUACGGGGAAGCACUGCUUCCUAAUUGAGAUGUCCAAGUAUUUGUAUGGUGUACACAUGCACAAAGCACCCUUACAUGCCUAGCUCUGGUUGCUGUGCCACUUCACAGGUACAUUUUCAGGAACAACUUAUCAGCACCAAAUUCAGUUAGUUGUAAUAAUUAUGGCCCUUGGACUGUCUCUUUAAAAGUAUACUUUAAGGAGGUGACCAUUUUUUUAAACAUAUUUAGCCAGAAUUUACAAUAGCAACAUUGCCCUGGUAAUAUAUGAUCUGGUUGUGCAUACAUUUGUACAAUGCUGCAGCUGUCUUAUGUGGGACCUACUAACUAUAAACUAAUCAAAGUAACGUAACAGGUGGUAUAUUUUCCAUUGUAUACCACCAGAAAGUUGUUUUUGCUUUUUAUAGAAUGAUACAUUUUUAGAGUUCACAUAUAGAUUAAAGUCUAUAAAAUACAUUUUAUCGUGUACAUAUAAUGUCAUAUUUCUCCUAAUAUGCAAAUGACCACAUUCGAAAAGAGCUUGGGACAAUGCUAAUUCAAUAAGAACCUGCCCUAAAGCUUAACUUCCAAUUCAUGUUUAGCUACCCAUCAUAAUGUAAUUAUUGGUUAAAGAACCUAGGUACUGUAUAAAUGGUGUUGUAUGACUAUAAUUCCAUGUGUUUAUUCAAUGAGCAUAGCAUAUUGUUGCCAUUGAGGGUCAGGCGGUUUUCGAUGGUUAAUAUGAAAGGAAAAUGUCAACAUUAUGCCAGCGACAGAGAAGGGAUUGGCUUGCCAAUGCGUCACAAGAGCAUUGAAUUCUUAAAACUGCUCACAGUAAAUGGGGUUUGGGGAGGCGAUGAGACUUUUUGAAGCAUAUCCCCAACCAGAAGAGCAUGCAGAGUGCUUAAAGGGACACUAUAGUCACCAGAACAACUACAGCUUAAUGUAUUUGUUUUGGUGAGUAUAAAUAUUCCAUUCAGGCAUUUUCAUGUAAACACUGCCUUUACAGAGGGACACCUCCAGUGGGCACUCCUCAGAUGGCUGCUAGAGGUUCUUUCUGAGGCAGUGUUGCAAAGUAGGCAGCACUGCUGUUCAGCAUCCCCACGCUCUGCAUGGACACGCUGAAUUUUCCUCAUAGAGAUGCAUUCAUUCAAUGCUUCUCUAUGAGGAGUUGCUGAUUGGCCAAAAUGAUGUUUGGCCCCACCCACAUCCUGCCUCCUUGCCAAUUUCAGCCAAUUUAAUGCUUUCCUUAUUGUGAUGAUGUCACCAAGGCGGCAGAUCAGGGGUCUGGGCCAGCACCAGUGCAGGGCUGGAAAUAACUCCUUCUUAUGGGUCUAAGGGGGUGGGGCAAGCCACCUAAAUGGUGGUUUUAACACUAUAGUGUCAGGGGAACAUGUCUGUGUGUCUGACCCUAUAGUGUUUCUUUAACGAUAACUCCUAUAAAACAAAACAGUUUAACGACAUUAAUGCCUAUUUGAUAUUGUUUACAUUUCAAGAUAUAAAAAAAAAACAUGUUUUCAGUCUGUUUGCCUACCGUAACACAUAUUUACAGUUGUAUUUUGAAAGAUGUAUCGAAUACAACAGUGAAUGUUCCUGUGACACUCUUGUCACUUGUGUCUAUAAUGCUCUCUUACAUCUAACAGGAAAUAUGAGCCCAGUCUCAAAUGUCAUCAGCGAUACUACUGUAACAUACACCUCAUUAGUAUACAUUUAAAAACGUGCUGACAUUUUAUUUCCCUGGGUUUAUGGUUUGUGAGCAGCUGAGUACAUCAUCAAACUGCAGCUUCUGGCGCUCUGCGAAAAAAUAUGUCCUUUCCCAGAUUAUUUUAAUAUUCCCUGGUGGAACUACUAAAUCCCUAAGCAUAUGCAAUAUCAAAACUCUGCGUGUUAACUAUAAAAUAAUUUAUGUAUCCAUGCAGUAUUUGUAAAAGUAAUAUAACUGUAAAUAAUGUAUGUAUCCAUGCAGUAUAUCUAAAAGUGAGAUAAUUAUAAAAUGAUAUAUGUAUUGAUGCAGUAUUUGUCAAACAUGAAUAACACUGAUAGGGUUAUUUACUAAUGUGAGUGUUCAAAUUGAAUAUCAAAUUUAAGGCUAGUAUUGGAGCUAAAAGCAUAGCUGACUUGGGUAAUAUUUAAACUCGGCUAUUGAUCUAACUUCACGACAAGUCACUGUUUAAUGAUCAGACACCCUUGAUUGUAGUUCCACAACUUUAACUAUGUUCCGUUAACCAGAUCAUGAGCACAUGUGAUGAUACCUGUAACAGAAUCUCUAUCUGAUAGUAUCACUGUCUUAGUAGUUCUCCUCUCUUUCCAUUGGUAUGCUCAACAUCUGAAAAUGUUAACCUAGACAAUUUGCAUGGUUGUAUAUAGUUGCAUAUAUAUAGCAAUGAAAAUACAGGCAGUGUGUUAAGUUUUAUAUAAUUGUUUUCUACUAAAAUCCUUGGUGUAAAUUUACACUAUAGGCACCCAGAUCACUUCAUCUCAGUGAAGUCGUCUGGGUGCAGUGACUCUGUCCCCUUAGCGCUGCUAUAUAAAACAUUGCAGUUUCAGUGAAAAUGCAAUGUUUACAUUGCAGGGUUAUGACUGCCUCUAGUGGCGGUCUCUCAGCCACUAGACUUGCUUCCUGUAUAGAGUUUAACUCUAUGAAACGACGCCGGAUAUUGGUAUUAGGAAUGUCCAGAAUCUUCUAAAUCGCAAUUGAGUCAAUGCUUUCCUAUGGUGAAGGCCUCAUGUAUGUGCGGCUCUCAUUGCACAUGUGCAUUAAGUUCACCCCCAUCAAUUGACAUCGGAGGAGCAGAAUCCCAAACCAACCCACAAGAACCUUUGAGCUGGAAUCAGAUAAGUGUUUAAAGGGUUAUUUAACCCUUUCAUGGCAGAGGGGAGCGUGGAGGCAGAGGGAUACUCUAGUGUUAGUAAUACAACUUUAUAUUCCUAAAACGAUAGUGAUCAUUUCUGGUGUCUCCAUUAGGCACUGUGUGUCCUGUUGGGUUCUUUCAGGCACUCCAGUAGCAGAGUGUUAGGACCUGUUUUCUGGCUGCACUAUUUCCUUGAACAGGGGACCUGUAUGCAAACAGGAGGACCUGUGAGCCACAGGUGCAUUUGUAAAGUCAUUAUUUGGAGGAAGCAGAGGAAGAGUGGUGGAUACCUUGGAAGACAGAAAGGGCAGAGGGAAUAAUUCCUGCCUGGAAGAACUGGUGGUUCUUGGGGCCCCUGAAGAAGUGAUAGACAGUGUAGCAGGAUAGGUCUACUUUGUCCUGUUACAGUGCCUCAGCAGUGUGUCAGGCUCUGGGGUGGGUUAAAAGAUAUCCUUAAUAGGUGAACAGGACUUAGGUGGCCUGGGUUUCUUUCUAAAAUAUUGACAAGUAUACCACAACAUUUUAUUUUAAGCUGAUGUUUUUAAUUUUUUUAAUAUUCCAUCAUCUUUUUUUUUUUUAGAGAAUCCAGUUUCGUUCAACAAUGUAAAUGUGCCUUCGCUCCAAAACGGUAAGAUUCUUUGAAAUUCAUACGUGUUUCAUUUUUAUCACACGUUAUAUCAACAUGUGAGCUAUUUAUCUUGCACAAGUCAAUAAUUCACCAUACUUACCAAUAGUAUGGCAAAAAAAAAACAUGUGCAUCAUUAACCAGAGAUACUUUGUGAAUGGUCAUUGAAGAGGCUGUUGCAAUUUAUAGUUAGCUGCCCAUAGAAGAACACAAUAGCAGCAUUCUGUGCUUUACGUAAGUACAUCUCUAGUUGCCCGGCUAGCAUAACCUCCUGCCAAUCUGGCACACUCAUUUUUCCCUACCUAUGUUAUCAGUGAUGUGUCUCUGGCAUGCACCCUCUCCAAACUCACCCUUUCCUGGUUCGAUAUCUCCUAAUGUUUGUAAGUAGAGACAUACCUGUUCAUUGUAAUGGUUCAGCGUUUAGAAUUUUUAAAUCUAGUUGCUCUCUAGUACCUUUGCUGUUUUGUUUGUUAUAAUUAAAAGUACACUAUUAUGCAAACUAAAACUUGUUCAAUCAUCAUUACAUUAUGUCAUUUUCUUUUCCAGAGAAUCAUGUUUCUCUGAGCAGCACUACCGCUAUACCUACACACCAAAAAGGUAAGAUCAUAUAAAUUACAUGGGAAAGCUAAAUAUGUAUGCCAACCCCAGUGUAAUAAAGGUGUUAGAUGUCCAUUAUAAACAAUACUAGAUAUGUGUGUAAUUAUUAGUAAGAUUCAAUGCCUAGUACAAUAUAUACAACCUACAUAAUACUAAUGUUAGAAAUAAAUAACAAUCUUUGCUAUACGUAGCAAUAUGCAAUAAAACACACAGGUGAAAUGCUAAUAUCAAGCAGUAAGUGUAGCACGUAACAAAAAUAAGCAGCAGAAAAAGUUGUCACUUAAAGGAACGCUAUAGGGUCAGGAACAUAAACAUGUGUUCCUGACCCUAUAGUGUUAAAACUACCAUUUAACCCCCCCCUGGCCUCCCUUGCCACCCUAAAUAUAGUAAAAUCUUACUUGUAUUCAUAUCUCCAGCUGCUGCCUCUGCCCCUGAUGUGCCUGCUUCUCCAUAGGAUUGACUGAGACUGUCAAGGAGGCAGAUCAGGGGUAGAGCCAACACAAGUCAAACACAGCUCUGGCCAAUCGGCAUCUUCUCAUAGAGAUGCAUUGAAUCAAUGCAUCUCUAUGAGGAAAGUUCAUUGUCUGCAUGCAGAGGGUGGAGACCCUGAAUGGCAGUGCUGCACAGUGUGCAUCACUGCCCCAGGAAGUACCUCUAGCAGCCAUCCGAGGAGUGAUGGCUGUGGAGUUAUUCAUAGGCUGUAAUGAACAGUGUUUACUGCAAAAAGCCUGAAGGGAAUGAUUCUUCUCAACAGAACAAAUGCAAUAAGCUGUAGUUGUUCUGGUGACUAUAGUGUCCCUUUAAUAUAAAUAAUGAUUGGAGCUGAUAUAGCAAGCUGGUGGUAACAUGUCAAAGAUUAGAUUGUCAUUCUCUGAAAGAUGUGCAAUAAACAUGCAAAUGAAACACACAAUUCUUAAAACACCACACAAGGACUGGAUUAACAUUGUCACACACAGCAUUUUUAUAUUACCUGCUUGAGGGAUAGAGCAGUAAAGAAACCCACAUUUUUUCAUCAGAAUUCUGAAUAAGGACUUUUGAAACAGAUGAGAUUUGCAUUAUAUCCUGAAUAUACACUGAAUAUAUACAAUGUACAGUACAAUAUAUACAAUGAAUGACAAAUGUGUCAGACUGCAACAGGUUUUCUUUCAAAAAAACUUUUAAUUGAAAUAAAUUAGAAUUGGAAGAAUACAGAUCUUAUUGCAUUAUUUAUGGUGGUUUGCACAGAUUCUAUGUAAUAAGUAUAAAGAUAUACUCUCUACAAAAAUCAGAUGUUUCUUUCUUUUUCUAGCAAGAUGUAAACCUGUUAUUUAUCAUUCUCUUUUAACAGAAUACCAAAAGUCAUUGACCGAAAAAAUUACUGAACGAUUCUGCAGGAUCUGUGAACCAAGGCCUACCAACUGUGCUGGUUCUGGGUUGUGUAGAAGCAACUGUGACAAUUCUAAUUUCUGUGAAAAAUUUGAAGUGUGUGUAGCAGUCUGGUAAGUAUAUUACGCAUUUAGUUGUUUACUUAUUUUGAGACGUAUAAUAUGGGAGUAUGUUUAUUUAAGUAACCAAACUUAUUUAAGAACAAUGAAAAUAACGUAGCUGUACUGCUUACAUUCUAAUUGGGAAGUAGGAAGUGUAUGUUGCUUGUACCUUAUUGUCAAUUAUAAAAAUUACUUAGGCCCAGUUGGGACACGGUAAAGCACCAUCGAAAUUAGGUUGUUAAUAACAAUUUAUGCAACUAAAGUGUAAUUUAGAACAAGAACAAUGUAUCUUUUUUUUUACAUUUAUUGUAGUUUAAAAACAUAUAACUGUGCAUAUUAAUGCUGUGGAGCUCUGUUAUACACUCAGACAAAUCAACGCUAGGGGGCUCCUAGAAAAGAGGAACAUUAGGACAGAAAAGAGGGACAGAGAGAUAUGGGUCCAAAAUAGAGAUUCUUAGGAUGUAUGAAAUAUGUCAUGUACGAGGGUGAAACACAGCUUUUGCUCUUUCAUUAGAUCACCAGUAAGUGGCCCUCUGGACAGCCAUCUUGUAAUUUAUUACUAACCUUUGUAUGAGUUAUGUUGAGCAGGAGUGUCCAACUUCCAUCUGUUUUGGAAAACAACACGUGACAGAGAACUGUGGAAAUUGUGGUCUGACAGCAGCAUAAGGCCAUGAUUGAUCUUUUUAUCCACAUAUGACCAGUUAAUAAUGUCAUGUGAUUGCUUUAUUUGCAGGAGAAAUUCCACUGAAAAAAGUACAGUAGAAGUCAUGUGUCAUAAUCCAAAAGCAGAGCUGUAUGGCCACAGGUUGGACAACUCGAUAUCCGAGAGAUGUCAAAUGCAAAAGAAGGAAUCAGUGGGAGAAAGUCUAUACAUGUGCUCCUGUAAGGGCUUACUGUGCAAUGACGAUCUUCUCUUCAGAGGAGCCGUAGGUAAGAUAAUAUUAUGGCUUAAAUUGUUUCUAGGUGAGUGAAUCUUCCUUCAGUGCCUGUGUGUGUGUCUGAGUGUUUCAAAAUAUUCUUUUUAAAAACAGUGUCUAUUUAGAUGUUUAUUUUUGUCAGAGUAAUGCUUAUCUCCUGCAAGUCUGCAUGGAUAUUGUGAUCCUCUUAUUAUAAAGGCAUUACACAUUUCCAAUCCUCCUACAAUCUGUACUUCCAAUAUUUGUUUAUUGUUUUGAUCCCUAAAAUGUGUGCCAAAUGAAAUUAGAUGUUGGUUUUACAUUGAUGCAUGCAAGGUGCAUCCUAACCACAAUUUCUUUACACCAAGACGCCUGAUGAGAAUAUGAAGUAGCUUUGUUAUACCAGUGACAAAAUAUCUGGUUUAAACUAAUCUAGUCAAAUAGGUAAUAUGUUUUCUCUCUCAAACAAUAGAUAGAUCAGUUCUAGGCAGAAGUCCACAAAUAGUCCAGUCUUUGAUUAAUCCAUAGCAUACUGUCAUAGUACCACAGGGCUUUACCUAACCUGCAAAGUAGAAAUCGCCAUAGAUUAGUGACACUUUUUCCUCUUUACUUGAAUAUACAUGUAUGUUUAUUUAAAUGAAGUUAAUGUCUGCAUUAAAGGGACACUCUAAACACCAUAACUACUUAUUUUAAAAGAAGUGGUUAUUGUGGCUUGAAUCCCUUGGUGACAUCCCAUUGAAUCCAAACACUACUCCACGCACUAUAACCACAUCAAUGAGAUGAAGGGAUUAUGAUGUCUAGACAUUUACUCCCUUUAAAUCUACAUGCACGCAUAAUCAAGUAAUGAUGAGAAAGUAUGAAGAAUUCCCACUAAUCUAGGUAAUUAUAUACAUUUAUUAAUGUGGAUUAUCUAUAUAUCAUAAGGCAUAAUAUAGAUAGCAGCACAGAAAUGUUUGUAUUUCCUUAAUAGUCACAAAUGCUAUGCAGAAUGUGUACACAUUUCAACACAUUGUCGCUGUAGUUUUUAAUUAAUUAAUUAAUUAAUUAAUUGAUUGAUUGAUUUAUUUUAGUUUUCUCAUUGAAAGUCCAUGCAGACAUGAGCAGAUACACAGUAUGUAACAUACACAUCAACAAUGUUCCGUGUGUCUGUGUUAAGUACACUUAUUUAUAAUUAAUAAUAUAGUAGUAUUGUUGCACAAAUUAGAUGAAAACAUAACCUAUAUAAUAACGUCAUAUAAAAUAGAAAGAAUUAACUAUUAACAUGUUCUAAGUAUGGGGAGAUGCAUGAUGUACUUAGUCAUUCCGUCAUUCAACAAUGGUUAACCUCUCUAAGUUUCCGCAACUGGUGUUGAAUAUGAGAAGAAUGUUGAGCACUCUUUCCACAUUUUUGUGGGUUCCUUUAGCACGUGUCUGCUAUUUUAAAAAAUAGCUUUAAGUUGAAGCACGGGCUAGUCUAAAGAGCCAAAUGGCCAGCCAUAGAAAGCUUUUUAUAGGUGUCAAAUCUUGACAGUGUUUUCUUUUUCUUUUUAGAAUCUGCAGUCAGUAUAGUUUGCUGUUUCUUCACAUUCGACUUUAGUUCUAAAACCACAAUGGUCCAAAUAGGAUAGAAUUUAAAGCAAUGUGAACCAUUCUAAAACAGUUCGACUUCUUACUCUGGGAGGAUGUCAUGGCACUUCUGGUACCAUAACCACUAUAGCAAACUCCUGUAAUUCCCAUUGUGAAAACUAAAACCAGUAUCAUGGAUUUGGUGAUAUAAUAAUGACUUAAAUUGUGAACACAUUGCAUUGACCCAUAUUUUAGUUUUUGAAACACAUUGAAUUUUAUUUUGCCUCUCUUUAAACUGAAAAUGGUUUUAAUCUCAAAAUAGGUGGCUUCCUGUCUCCAAAUACAUGUCUGAAAAUGUAUUUCUAAUAUUUCCUUGUUUGAGUAAAACACUAUUGAUUUAUAGAGGUAACCCCUUGAUAAUAUUUUCAGAAUGUCACACAUAAAUCUUGAUAAACAUCAGUAAUUAAGAAAUAAAAAUAAUCUGUCAUAAGUAUUCAAUGUUCACUGGAGGUAAAAUAUUUCAAUGUAAACUUUAGUUUUUAAGCAUCGAUUUCCCUUUUGACUUAAUAUACGCUAGUAUGACCUAAUGCUAAUUCCUUGGAAAUGGCCUGGUUUAAUUAGGGCGCUACUGUUUUUUUUAUGAAAUAUAGAAUUUAGAAUUUCUUCAGUUCUGCCACUCUUCAUAAAAUUUGAAAUUAGGUUUGAAUUGUUAACAAUUCACACUUUGGUUAAUAACCACUAUACUUUUGUUCUAGAAAGCUUUGUCACUAUAAAUAAAGAUAUAACUUUUUCAAAGUAAAAAAAAAAAACAAGAACAUACUAAAAUAAGCUGGUUAAUUUGCAUUGUGCCUGAUGAAUUCAUGCGUGUCUUUAUUUUGAGUAAUGACCUUUUGAGCAAAGCUCUAAUAGUUGGUCAGCCAGACUACUACCUACUUGUCCCCUUAUUAAAUUGUUAUAAUUUCCUUAUGUGUGAUCUAUCUGGACAAGUACGUUGCAUGACAUCUCUUAGAGUAACUUAACUACUCACGUAAAUCCCCAGUCAACAACGGCUCCCUUUUUGCCUGAUGGAGCACCUUUUCAGAUGAACCUUUCCACACUCGUGAUUUGCAUUUCAUCACUGGCACAUGUGCACUCCACCCCUACCCCUGUACAUAAUUUGGGUAAUACCAAUCUGUAAGCACAUAUCUAUUCAAGAGAAAUUGUGUAGUGCGUAAAACACACUUUCUAUUGCAGAAAAAGAAAAUAAUGUUGCUUAUCUACGAUUGCCUGUUUAUUUAGUGCUGUUUAGAUUUUGGUCAUUUUUACCUGUAAUAUUCUCUUUUAUUUCAGAUGAUCCGAAUUCUCUAAGCAACAAUAUAGUUGUGCAAAAUACCAAUAAAGGUAGGCUUCUAUGAAAUGAUUGAUGUAUCCCUUUUUCUAUCCAGACCUAUGAAUGGGUGGUAUGGUGUUGAUGAUAGCAUGAGGUCCCUAGAACCCCUUACUUAGAAGAGGAUAGUGUAACCGAUUUCUGGAUACAUGUUCAGCAUGUGUGCUAGAUAAAAAAAAAUGACCUAGACAUUUUUACACAUUGCCUUAUACUUUUUUUUUUUUUAAUAAAAGGCAAAAGCCAAUUGCAUCUUACUUAUUAUGUGUGGUUUAUGGGGGAAAUAAAUUAUAUAUUUAAAAUGAUAUAUACAUAAUUAUUUAAUUAUAAUGAUAUAAUAAUAUAUAAAUAUUUUUUAAUGGAAAUCGGUGACAGGUUAAUUUCUGCUGAUUGCGGAGCAGUGUACAGUAAAAAGAACAAAAUCAUAAUGCUGCAAAUUCAGACAAAGAAUUGCUUUACAAAUACUGCCAACAUUAGAAAGUUUUGGAGAAUGCCAUUAAACAUUUCAGACUUGCUGUCUACGGGAAUAGGUAUGACAUUAUUUACGUUUAUUGAUCCCUGCUAAGAUGCUACCAUUUUAAAAUUGCCUUUUUUUUUUUUUUUAAGACAAUCUUUAUGAGUCCAAGGAUGAUGGAACAGUUAUUCUUAACAGACAGUGCUAUUUAUGUAUUGUUAAUGUUACAACAAAAUGUGAUACAACACAAGACCUCUGUGAGAAUGAUUGCACAAUUGUCACAACUUGUGAAUCCGCAAAAGAAGUUUGCGUAGCUGUCUGGUAAGUUGGUUUAUUUCUGUAUAAGGCAGUUUGAUAGCUUGAUCGGUGGUCCUAGGUUGUGUGCUUAUAAUAUUGCAGUGCUGCUAAAUUCCUAGUUAACAAUGCAUUUGUGUUUUAUUCAAUUGUCUCCUUGAGACCUCUUUGAAAUCAGUAGGGAUUUGGCUAAUCAGAUAAAGAAAGGAAAGUGGGGAUAGUUUUACCAUAUCAGUUGGAAUAAUUGACAAGGAUGAGUAAAAUGUCACCUUUCUAAUCUUAGUUAUUCUUCCAAUCACCCCAGUAAUAUUCAAAAUCAGACUUGCUGGGUCAGGUAUUCUCUUUCAUAAUGAGCUACAACUGCAUGUCCUCUCAGUAUUCCCUCCCUGGUGAAAUUAUUAUUAUUAGUAUCUAUAUAGUGCCAAUAUGUUCCACAACACUUUACAAUUAUAGAAAAGUGAUAUUUAGAGAUGAUGAAGGCCUUGCUGAAGCGAGCUUACAAUCUAUGAAGGAGGCAGAUGUGCAUAAGAAGACUCACUGGUAAGGUGGUCUGAAUGUAAGGCAGUGAUGUUCAGGACUGGCAUUAGAAAUUUUGGGAUCCUUACACAGUUCAAAGCCUGGACUCCCAGGGCCCACGCCAAAUCCACCCUCCAUUCCACCACCUUCUCGCAGGUACUUAGAGCUGCGAUCAGUGCCAUCCCUGUCCCGCCUGCCGGCAUGUAUUGAGUGUGGGUAUACGGGAUGUAGCGAGUAUAUAGGGCUGUGUAUAAAGGCUGUUGUGUGUACUUGUAUAUUAAUGCAAGUAUGAUAUACUAAAGAGACACUAUAGUCACCAGGAUCACUACAGAUUAAUGUAGUGGUUAUGGUGUCUAUAGCAAGUCCCUGCAGGCUCAGCAAUGAAAUCUGUCAUUUUAGAGAAAAGGCAGUGUUUACGUUGCUGCCUAGUAACAUCUCUAGUGGCAGUCACUCAGAUGUUGAACGCUCCCCUUAGAACUGCAUUGAUUCAAUGCAUCUCUCUAAGGAAAUGAUGAUGGGCACAGUGUGUCGUUUUGCCGCGCAUGCGCAAUAACCUCCCAAUGCUUUCCUAUGGGAAAGCAUUGGACUGGCUAAGAUCGUCAAGAUUGAUUAUUUCAGCCAUGGGGACAUGGCCAGUCGCUGCGGCAUAACAAGGUUAGUCAUUAAAAAUGGUGAUAAAUGUGCUUUCGAUGUACAUAUAUCAAUAGUUUUAUGUCAAGCAGCUGACCCUUUAUUUACUUUCCUGAUCCCAGCGCUGAGAUCCCUCGGCGCUGGGUCAAAGCUCCGCUCCCCCCCUCCAUCUUGUGACAAGCAGGGUCUAAUGUGCAUGUGCGGCAAAUGCUGCAUGCUCAUUAGUACUCCCCAUAGGAAAGCAUUGAAUCAAUGCAGAGCUUGAGGGCGUCCAGCGUCAGAUAACGGACCAAAAGUCUGUUUCGAUUCAGGAAGCGCCCCCAGUGCGGGCAGACUUAGAGCUGCAAUGUAAAUAUUGCAGUUUCUAUGGAACUCCAAUGUUUUACAUUGCAGCAUUGGUGCAAAAGGGUACACAGCACCCAGACCACUUCAAUGAGCUGAAGUGGUCUGGGUGCCUACAGUGUCCCUUUAAGUGUUAUGUAGCCUUGUCCCCAUAGGAAAUUAUUUUCUAGAAACAGUAAUACUUUUUAUACCUGUCCUGUGUUGUUUUUUUUGUUUUUGUAAUUUUCUUAUCUGUUAUCCUGAGCUAAUAUAUAUCUGGUGCCAUUGUAGUUGCUGGCAGCACUUAAAGGACCACUCUAGGCACCCAGACCACUUCAGCUUAAUGAGGUGGUCUGGGUGCCUGGUCCAGCUAGGGUUAACCCAUAUUUUCAUAAACAUAGCAGUUUCAGAGAAACUGCUAUGUUUAUGAAUGGGUUAAGCCUUCCCCUAUUUCCUCUAGCAGCUGUCUCAUUGAGAGCCACUAGAGGCGCUUGCGUGCUUCUCACUGUGAUUUUCACAGUGAGAGCACGCCAGCGUCCAUAGGAAAGCAUUAUGAAUGCUUUCCUAUGUGACCGGCUGAAUGCGCGCGCAGCUCUUGCCACACGUGCGCAUUCAGCCGCAUGGGAGGAGAAGAGGAGGAUCGGAGGAGGAGAGCUCCCCGCCCAGCGCUGGAAAAAGGUAAGUUUUUACCCCUUUCCCCCUUCCAGAGCUGGGCGGGAGGAGGACCCUGAGGGAGGGGGCACCAUCAGGGCACUAUAGUGCCAGGAAAACGAGUAUGUUUUCCUGGCACUAUAGUGGUCCUUUAAGGAGAAGCUAGAAAAACAUAUGUAGCACAUAACAUGUUUUACUGUACUUUACUGUUCUUUGCUGUAGUAUGACUUAUGCACUCCUUCUUCAGGCUUAACAUUGUUCGUUCCUCCACAACGUGCAAUUGACUGUGAGAUACUGAUAGCGUGAUAAUAUCACACCUGUAUGGGACGGAUCAAUAAUUGUUUUGGAGAAGGAAGUACAGAUCUGUCACUACAUUAUGCUAUACAGAGCCCUGUUUAUUACCACCAAUGAUAAAUAUUUAGAGAGGAUAGGGAAAUAGGGGACACAGAGAGAAAUGGAAUAAAGGAGAGAAUAACUGGAGGAUAGAACAAGAUGUAUAUUGGUAAGUGCGCCUUGUUUUUGUAAUGAAAUAACAAACAAAAGUUCAACAUCAAAAAAAUAAAAACAAUUAUAAGUAAAGAAAUACUGGGAAAUUAUAAUUAUCAAUACCUAUGAGAAAAAAACAUGAAAAAAGUGCUAUUUAGAGCCUACUGCAUCCGGAUAGCAGCUGUAUUUUACUUGGAUAACUUUUGCUUUUUUUUCAAAGGAGGAAGGAUGAAACUGAGACCACUACCAUGGAUGCAAUGUGCCAUGACCCUAGGAAGCCUCUGUUUGAUCACAUGUUAGAUGACUACAACAGCUCAAAGUGCCUAAUGAAAGAAAAGAAGAUGGCUGCUGGUGAGACAAUGUAUAUGUGCUCGUGCAAUGACAGCGAAUGCAACAAAAAUUUAUACUUUCGUGAAGGUAAGUUUGCUACUGCAUAAUACUACUGUGUAUAGAUAUAUAUUAGUUAAAGUGAUGAUCUUCAGCAAUUUCAACUCUGCUAUUGUGUAUACUCUUCAACUCUUAUGAGUUCUUAUUAAAGGGACACUAUAGUCACCCAGACCACUUCAGCUCAAUGAAGUGGUCUGGGCUCCAGGUCCCUCAGGUUUUAACCCUUCGGAUGCAAACAUAGCAGUUUCAGAGAAACUGCUAUGUUUACAUUGCAGGGUUAAUCCAACCUCUAGUGGCUGUCUUCCUGACAGCCGCUAGAGACGCUUCCCCGACGCUGCAUGCAAAAUUUGCAUUCAGCGUGCAGAACGUCCAUAGGAAAGCAUUGAGAAAUGCUUUCCUAUGGACUGUUUGAAUGCUCGCGCAGCUCUUGCCACGCAUUCGCAUUCUGCUCCACUCAGGAGCUGAUGUUCGUGGGGGAGGAGAGGUCAUCAGCGCUGAGGGAGCCUGGCGCUGGAUAAAGGUAAGUGGCUGAAGGGGUUAAAACGGGAGGGGGACCCUGAGGGUGGGGGGUUCCUAAGGAUGAUAUAGUGUCAGAAAAAUGAGUUUGUAUAUAGUGAUCCUUUAAACCUCUGUUUAUUUCUCUUUCUCUUAUCUCCUUAAUGCCCGCUCUCUCUGCUUUUUUUAUCCUCCUGUCCCUGCCUGUAUUUGACGUACCUAAUGCACUUUAAAGGCCCUAAGCACCAUCAUGAUGGUAAAAGAUUGUAAAACUAAUGGUGCAUUAACUCUCAGCUCUGAGAGUAGCUUAGAACUUCAAUGAUCUGUCAGUCAGGUAGCCAAAAUGCUCCGUUUCGGCUCCCUGUUAUAAAAUUUGUACUUAACUUGGAUUUAGCUCUUUCUCCUCUAAGGCUCUGCUGAUUGCCGCACACAGUCCAGUAUAUGAGAUAGUGACCUGAUCUGUGUGUAAAUUGAUAGCUGUACACUUAUCCUGUUUGAUGAGUUGAAUUGUUCUCUGGGUAUAAAUUGCUUAUAUUGUAAACCCCUAAUGGACAUGGGUUUAAUAGAUAUGCAUAGACCCCAUAGAAUGAGACACUCUUAGCUGGUGUAGUUUAUGUACAGCCUUAGUCACUGCUUUAUGAACAUUGGUAUGUGCAGCUCAUAGCUACUGUUUAGGCUUUUCUCCAGAAAGAGGAGGAGAGAGAUGUCCAUUCAAGUUGUGAAUACGGCUCACCUAUAAUCUAUGAAUUACCUUAUCCAUUAGCAGUCUUACAGUUGCAUUGAUCUUUAUAAAUCCCUGCAGUUAGACGUUCUUUUGGGAAGAGAGAAUGAGUGCACACUACAAUGAUGUAAUCUUUUUAUGGUGCUCAAAGUGAUCUUAACUUAAAAAACAAAAUAAAAACAUGAACAUUGGUAAGAGAACACUUAAAUGUCUAUUUACUUAUCCAUAAAUUUAGUCUGGAUGAUUUUUAUUUUUUUACUUUUUGCAAAUGAAAGAGAAAAAUCAAGACUAUUUGCAAGCAAAUAGCUGAAAAGACCUUGAAGGUGCAAAGGUUAACUUAUGUGGUGGUUGGCCAGCAGUAAAACAGAAAAAGAAAAGCCUAAUGAGGUCAAUAUGACUCCCAUCUAAUAAUAGGGAUGUACAAUGUCUUCUUUAAUCCCCACCCUACGAUGUCUUACACUGGUCUACAUCUAUGCCUCCAUCCAUGGCUAUUGGGUUUGUGCCUGCAAACGUUUUUUUUAACACCUAAAAAACAUUUUCUUUUAUAAUCUAAUUUUUUUUGCCUAAAAAAGGCAAAUAAAAAUCCACCAAUGCAACUAUAAAAAAAAAGAAUCAGUAAAAUAAAAUCAAAAGGAAGCCAUAGAGAGUUCUGCUUUGACUGACAAUGCGAGAAAGCCCAUGUUUUGAAUUGUCUUUUACAGAGCUCUGAUUGGUUGGCUUCCAAGGUCCUCUGAUCAGAGUGCUCUGACAUGCAAGUUUAGUUUGGUUCCAUUCUUAUGAAAUGUGCAAUCAUUUAGUGAAUCACAGCAUUCUCCUAAAUUGCCAAUGCCAUAUGUAAUGUCAAAGGUAAUCUCUGAGCGUUAACAGAACUCAACUGCAUAUCGUUGCAUUUGAGCUUCUAAUUACCCUGUAAGAGCCAUUAGUCAGAAUGAAAAUCUACAAAAUAUGUAAUUUAAGGUAAGUGCAUUUUUUUGAGUUGGAGUAGCACAUCAUUUGCAUGAAAAAAACCCUAAAAACUGUCAGUUUUUUCAACCCUCAAAGUUCACGUGGAGGAUAACUGGCUCCUCUAAAGUUUAAAAUUGUUUAAGUAUUAUAUCUUAUAUUAUAUAUAUAAUUAUAUAGUGUGAUAUAUCAUUAUUCAAACUCUUUGUAUUUAUUUGUUUUCCUUAGUGGUUAAAAAUUGGAACCCCUACGUGGCACUGAUAAGUCUUCUUCCACCAAUUGGGAUUGCUGUAGCAGUUAUUAUCACCUUUUACUGCUACCGUGUUCUAAGGAAAAACAAACACCCCAGUGAGUGGGACAAGCAUAACAAAUGCACAAAGCAUAAGGGAUGCAGUGAUGAUCAUGCUAUCAUGAUCGAUGAUGACCGUUCCGAUAUCAGCUCAACAUGUGCCAACAACCUGAAUCACAACACAGAGCUCCUACCCAUUGAACUAGAUACUUUGGUCGGAAAAGGCCGUUUUGCUGAAGUGUACAAGGCAAAACUUAAGCAAAAUACUUCUGAACAAUUUGAAACAGUCGCUGUGAAAAUUUUCCCUUAUGAAGAGUAUGGAUCCUGGAAGAUGGAGAAGGAGAUAUUUUCAGACAUAAAUCUGAAACAUGAAAAUAUUCUGCAGUUCUUAACUGCUGAAGAGAGGAAGACUGAUCUUGGGAAACAGUAUUGGCUAAUCACUGCCUUUCAUUCACAAGGCAAUCUGCAAGAUUACCUAACAAGGCACAUCAUCAGCUGGGAUGGUCUCUUAAACCUUGGAGGUUCUUUGGCUCGAGGGGUGGCACAUUUGCAUAGUGACCACACACCGUGUGGAAGACAUAAAACCCCAAUUGUUCACAGAGACUUAAAAAGCUCAAACAUUCUUGUCAAAAAUGACCUGACUUGCUGCCUGUGCGACUUUGGCUUAUCUCUUUGGUUAGAUCCUUCGCUAAGUGUAGAUGAUCUUGCUAAUAGUGGGCAGGUAAGUAAGAGUUCCCCGUUUUUUUGGAGUAGCUGUUAACUGUUCAUUACAACUCUAAUUCAGCUCUACUGAACCAUAUUUUGUUUUUAAACUCAAGACACCUUAAGUUUGAGAAUGUGUAUGAUAUUACAUUACAUGCUGAAUACAUUUUACAAAAUGCAUGAGUGUUGCAAAGUAUUUAAAAAUGUGAAGAUUUAAAUUUAAUAUAUCUAUACAUCUUUUGUAGACAUUUUGUGGUAUACAAUGUUAGAGGGAUAAUAAAAUGUCCUCGAUAAUGCAACAUGUCCAGAAAAAAUGGGUUAUAGGGAAAAUAAAUAACAUGCAGUGGAUGGAAAACCACAAUAUAAUAAAGAUAUGAUAUAUCUUCUGGUAUAAAAACUACCAAUAUUUUCUUAGGAAUUAAGGUUGUAUAAAUUCCAUCUGAAUGUGAACUAUGUGACUGUGGAAGGGCAUAAUAUGUGCAUUUUUAAUGCAUGUGCCAGUGUGGGGAAAAACAUUUUACUCUAAACCUAACUUGGUAUGUGCACGUCACUAUAUCUUACUCCUCUACAUAUGAAAACAUACAUUCUCCUGUACAGUGCAGGCAGGGAAUACAAUAAUUCACAGUUGGUUUAGACAGGCCAGAAAGACUAUGGUAAGAACAGGCGUGGUAGAAAACAGGCAUGGAACUACCAACCGUGCAGCUAGUGUAACUGUUUCAGGGCACCAAUGCUCUCACAGGCACCAUGGAGCCCUGAAAUAGUAAAUUGCAGGGCUCCAGAGAAGCUUACCAGACAUGAGGAAAAGCAUUUGAGAUGUGCAGAGCAGCAGGAUAACUGUAUCUAUGUGUGUUUGUUGUAUCUGUGUCAGUGUUUGUGGAUCUGUAAAUGUGCAUGUGUGUCAGUGUUCCUGUUCAUGUGUAUCAAUCUGUGUGUGUCAGUGUGCAUGUGUUUUUAUCUCUUAGAGUGUAUCUGUGUGUAUAUGUGUCUGUAUGCAACUGUGUGUGUCAGUGUGCAUCUGCAUGUUUCUGUGUGUGGCAAUGUGCGUUAUGUUAUAUAGCCAAUGAAUGACAGGCAGCCAUAGGCAAACCUAGAAUGUCUGGCCUUGCAUCCAUGGGUGACGUAUAUGAUGUCUGGUUCAACGCUCUCACAAGGGUGAUGAUGCCGUACAAUCCGAUCAGAUAUUCAGUGGGCCUAUAACAAGCAUAAGUGGCAAAACUAUAUUUGUUUUAGUGACUUUCCUAGUGACUUGGUAGUUGCAAAGAAUAGUGUAUGCUUUAAGAUAUAACUGAAUCCCUAGCACAAAAUGUAAGACAUAUAUAUGUAUAUGGUCCUACUGCACUCUGGCACAGCAAUCACAGGAAUUCCUCUGUUAAAGUGAACCUGCCACGACAUGUUCACUUUAAGGAAAAUUAUCUCAUAACCAUUUUAAAUUCCUCAUCCAAGAAGUACUGAACACGUUCUUCAUUAUUAUUAUUAUUAUUGCCAUUUAUAUAGCGCCAAUAAAUUCCGUAAUUAUUUGAGAGGGGGAUUUAACGAUAAAUAGGACAAUUACAAGAAAACUUACAGGAACGAUAGGUUGAAGAGGACUCUGCUCAAACGAGCUUUCAGUCUACAAAGUGAAUGAAAUCAGGUGUUAAACAUACCAGUUUUUAUGUUCUAAUGGAACAAAACUUGAUCUUCACAAACCCUGUCAUUACUCUCAACCAAAGACUUCAUAUACAUCUAUUAUUCCCUAAGUUCCAAAUCAUAUUUUACUAUUGCUGUCAAAAUCAUAAGCAGUGGUGGAACUACUGUAGAGAGGGCUCUGGUGAAAGAAGUUUUCUUGGGCCCCAUAUAGCGCAAGGGCGGCCACAAUGGUUUUCCAGCUGGGGAUCUAACAUAUGCCGAUCCUCGCAAGGUUUUAUUUGUGAGCAGUUUAAAUGUAGAAAUGUUUUUGUAUAGAGCAUGUGUGUGCAUGUAUGGAUUGUAUUUGUGUGUAGUGUUAACAUUUGAAUGCAGUUGUAUGUUUGUAUGUACUGUUACUAUUUGAAAACAGUGAUGUACUUGUGUGGCAUGUGUUUGUAUUCAGUUAUGGUAUUUUAAUGCAGGGGUGUGGUUGUAUGUAGUGUUGGCGUUUUGAAUGCUGGCAUGUAUGGACAUACACUUCUAUGCACGCUCACACACACACACACUAUAUAGACACUAACACAUACACACCCACUGCCAAAUCAUAUUACAAAUUACUAUUUAGUAGAUAUACCUUCAAUUGAAAGAUGCAUUCAUUUUAUAAUGCAUUUUUUAAUUUGAGGUUUAUAAAAAAACAAAACUUGUAAAAGCUGCAGAUUUCUUGUCUGCAGCCUUUGCAAGCCCUCACCUUCUUGCCCUGCCCAGACUUUCUGUGUCUGUCCAAUGACACAUUUCCCAAUGCAGCUCAAUGAAAAUUCUUUUUAAGACAGGUGCACUGAGCAACUACCUGCCUCAGCAGUUAAGCUCCACUGUGCUAAACAACCAGGAAGUAACAGGACCAGUCUGACAGUCAGGGACGUAGCACAGUUCAUUUAUAAAAGUGGCAAUUUCCAUUAACUGCAAUUUAUGUUAAAUGAAAAAAAACACACACUAUUCACAACAUAAAGCACUAUAGGUGUAUGGAGUUUUCCUUUAAACUAUUCUUAUGUUUGGCAGACAUGUAUUUAUGUUAUGGCAUUCUUGUAAUACAUAUGUAGACAGCUGAAGAAUGUUUGCAGCACUUUGACUUUCAUUUACAAUGUUUAAAUUCUUUGUUCUAUAGGUUGGAACAGCGAGAUAUAUGGCUCCAGAGGUCUUGGAAUCUAGAAUUAAUCUGGAGAACAUGGAAUCAUUUAAGCAAACAGAUGUGUACUCAAUGGCACUUGUGUUAUGGGAAAUAACAUCUCGCUGUACUGCCAUUGGAGGUAAUUAUAACAUUUCAGGUUUUUGCAAAAAAUAUGCACAGAAAGGGAUUUAUCAUGUCAUGCUGUCCUGUAGCCAAGUACUAAAUGUUGAGAGAUAUUCUGUAGGUUUCUAUGAUCGUUUCUUUUUUAGACGAGUAAUGAAAUACCACUAAAAGCUGAACUACAACUCACACAAACCUAAAUCGAUAUCGUCUACAGCAGCAUUUUUGGAUCAAAAAGGGAAACAAAUACAUGUUGAGAAGGAGGAGCAGAAUGGUUGGAAUUCUAAAGCAACACCAAAAAAAUAAAUACAUUUAAAAAAGCAAAGGGGAAUUAUCACCUGUAACGUGUCUUAAAGGCACACUACAGUCACCAGAACAACUAUAGUUUAAUGUAGUUGUUCUGGUGAGUAUAAUAACUCCCUUCAGGCAUUUUUAUACAAACACUGCCUUUUCAGUGUUUACAUUGCCCCUAGGGACACCUCCAAGUGGCCACUCCUUAGAUGGCCACUGGAGGGGCUUCCUGGCUCAGGGCUGCACAGUAAGCAGUCCUGCCGUUCAGUGUCUCCACGCUCUGCAUGGGGACACAGAAUUUUCCUCAUAGAGAUGCAUUGAUUCAUGGGAAAGCAUUGGAUUGGCUAAAUAUCGGCAAUUUUGAUUAUGUCAACAAGGUGGGGGGGCAGCGCCGGUGGACCCGUGGAGAGCUGGAAAUAAGGUUAGUUUUAACCCAUUGAAAGGGGGACGCAAGCCACCUAAAGGGUUGGUUUUUACUAUAGGGUCAGGAAUACAAGUUUGUGUUCCUGCCCCUAUAGUGAUCCUUUAACUUCUGUUUCAUUCAACGCUUAAUUUUCUGUUAAGUUGAUAAAACAUAAUUCAAUUCAGACAAGACAUAUCCAGGGCAAACAAAGAGAAGAAAUGUAACCAUUGUUUCAUUUCUUUUCUGCUCUGCAUUCUUUCUCUACGCUGACUGCUAAGGACAAUAUGACACUUUAGUUUAGAUGGAAGCACCUAGUUGGAGGAUGAAGAGGUUUAUUUCUACAUUUCAUUAGAUUUUUUACACUUUACAUAUCCCUAUAUAUAUUAAAUAUAUAUUGCAAACAUAAUAUUAAGCAUCCUGAGAAGUGACAGUUCCCCUUUAAAAUUUAUUUAUUUAUUGAAAUGAGUUUAUACUUUUUCUGUUUGUAUAAAUUCUGUAGCUUCUCAUGAAAAAAAUAUAGUUUAUGCUUCAACGCUGAAACAUAUGAAGUCGGUAAAUUACAAAAAUCAUUUAUAUGACAAAAUCAUUUGAAAAUGUAAAAAAAAAAAAUAUAUCACAAAAAUCACAAAAUACACAGGUAUUUCAAAGAUGCAUUAACACCCGGGGAAGAGAAUAGACAGGAACAGGAUAGACCAUAAAUCAAAGCUGAGUGUAUAUCACGCCCAGCGCUGUAUUGGGCGAGAGGCAAAAAAGGCAUUUGCCAUGCGCUGCACUUAAUCAGGGGGCGACAAAAAAUACACCCCCAAAUACCCAGGCAAAUACCUUGUUAGCCUCGGAGCAGGUGGCUAGCUGACUUCCAGGCGCACGCGCCUCAGGGCAAUGCCGGGAACGGGAAUAUGACGUCACAUUCCGGCUCCCGUAAUCACUCUGCAGUGCGCGCCUGGAACACAUCUCCAAUCUUCAAAAAUAUAACUCCAUAAAUAGGCUUUUAUGAAGAUUCAAUGUGCGCCUUGGGAUAAAAACUAAACUAAAACUUGCCCUCAAGACUUGCAUAACUUGUAUUUCAGAAGGGAUGCUUGUAACCUGCUAGUACGGAAAGCUCUUUACUGGGAUAUGGUGGGUCUGUUCUUUAUGUUGUCACCCAGAUAUUGAAUUAACAAUAAGACGGGUAACAGAGCCCUGGGCGUUGAUGCUCCUCUUUUCCUGUUGUGUAUGGGUGAUGAGUGAAAUAUGGCAACAUAUCUUUGGUCUAAAAAAAGGAAAUCAUGCCAACCAGUUCCUGAGGAAGGACAUGUUUCCUUGGUGCUUAAAUGAUGUGUAUUCUGUGUCUACUUCCUGUCAUGCACGACUGAAAAACAAAUCACACGUACCUCCUCCUGACGAAUGAACCCCAUGUAAGCAGUUACCUCUUCUUGAUAAAUUAACCCCAUGUAAGCAGUUACCUCUUCCUGAAGAAUGAACCCCGUGUUAGCACUGUUAUCUCUUCCUGAAGAUGACCCCUAUGUUAGUACUGCCCAAACAGCCCGGCCAGCAGCCCCACUGGACCCCAGGUAAAACAAAAUCCACCCAGCUCUCCCAAAGGUAGGGAGGCUGGGUGGAUUUAAAUUAAAAUAAAUAAUCUGUGAGUGUUGGGGGAAAUGUGUGUGUGUAUGUGUCUGGCUGGCUUUCAGUGUGUGUGUUUUUAUGUCUUUCAGUGUGUCUAUAUCUGUCAGUGUGUUUCUGUGAGGGAGCCUAUGGGUCUGAGAGAGCGUGUGUGUCUGUCGGUCGGGGUGCGUGUCUGUCAGUGAAUGUGUGUGUCAUUGUGUGUGUGUGUGUCAGUGUGUGCGUGUCUGUCAGUGAUUGUGUGUGUCUGUCAGAUUGUGUCAAAUCAGUGUAUGUUAGUGUAUCUGAGAGUGUGUGUCUGUCAGUCAAAGUGUGUGUUAGUCUUUAACAGGAAGAGGUGUGGCAUUGACAAGAAAGGGUGGGGCAAAUUUAAAUUAGGGGGUGCCCAAGUUCCGUCAUGCCUGGAGCAGCACAGAUCCAAAAUACACCACUGAUCACACCUACCCUGAACUCUUCCUUAGCAGCUACACAUAUGUACCUAUUUUGUGUUUUUAGGGAAACAUUUUUUUGCAUGUUUGAUGCGGCUUUGUUUUAUGUAUUGCCCACUUAAUAUUUAUUUUCUUACUAUUCGAGAGUAUAAAGCAUUUUUUUUUUUAAUGGAAUGCUAAAUCUGAAUUAUUCUGAAUUCGCUUAGUAGGCAUUUUUAUGAGUUCAUUGCCAAGUUAAGUAUACCAUCAAUAUUAAUUGAAACUAUGUCUGUCAAAGCCCUGAUGUGUAAGCGCUUAUAAGAGAUUAUAUUAUCAAAAGCAGUAAAAAUAAAAAACCUAGUAGAGUUUAAAAAUAUAAUUUAUCUAACCCUGUCACCUGCAAAAAGCAUUUGACAGUUAACCACAAUUAAUUGUAAUACACUGUUUCUUUCUGAAAUGAAAAUGUGAAGAGUUGAAAGAAAUUGAUCAUUUUGAUAUUAGAUCCUCUAGAAAUACUCCAUGUCUGUGAACAGUGGAGUAAACUGUGCAUUGAUCUGUAAAGAUAUGCUUCUUAUAGUGACUAUAUAAUUACAUUGACAACUAAUAAUGUCGUUCCAUUGUUAAUGGCAUGCUGUGAAUGUUUGUUAUGUUUGUGAAUGGCAUCCCUCAUGAAGUUUUAAAAUCAUUGAAGAAAAGUAGGAAUAAUCUAGUGGUCCAAUUAUUAACUGAACAAGUAAAAGCCUUAUUUUCCAAAGUCUUGCUCUUAGUGAGAAGGCAAUUCCUUAUGCUUACCUGAAAUCGGGUAUCUUGGCUCGAAAUCAAUAUCAAUACUGUGACAUCUGUGACUAUGUAAUCCAGAAGUCGUUUGUGUAUACCAUUAUAAUGCACAUUAUUUUAAAGGGAUUGUUUUUAAUGUACCACUCAGUAGAUCAUCCAGAGAAUAGCUGAAAAUUAAUCUGAGUUUGUACAUCUUCUCCUCCUCUACUGCUGUUCUUUAAAAUGUUAGGAAUGUCUAUAUGAGCUAGCUUGGCAUGUUAAAAAUCUCAAUAGGCUUUUAAAUUACCAUGUGUUCAAAUACUGAAGAGAGGAAUAUUGUCCUUGGUGUGGUAUACAUGAAUGGUCAAUUGUACAUUAACAUAUAUUUUUUUUUUCAAUGAUUUUCCUGUACAGAGGUAAAAGACUAUGAACCUCCAUUUGGUUCCAAAGUGAGGGAACAUCCCUGUGUUGAAAGUAUGAAGGACAAUGUAUUGAGAGACAGAGGUAGACCUGAAAUAAUCAACAACUGGCUCAAUCACCAGGUAAUUUUUCUUAUGUGUACAUUGGAAAGUUGAUCAAACUACAGGGUUGUAUUCCGUCAGCAACUGGAUUGCCUAGAUGUCAUCAAUGAGUAUAUGGAUUAUGGGAAAAUUCCGUUAAACGGGUAAUGUUGCACAAGAUGGUCUAUUUAUAGGAUAUAUGGAAUAUAUGCACAAAAAAAGAUGUAAUCUGGCUUGCACAGGACUGACAGUUUAAUAAUGAAUGUAUUAAGCUUAAUGACCAAUGAAAGUCCAUGCCCACUCCCUAUCUUGGUUCUUGCAGACACUAUGCUACUAUAGACAGUCUUGCUUAUUAACAGCAGUUAUUUAGAUUCUUGCUUAUACUAAAUGAGUAGGAAAUGCCAUGGCAGCAUCGGGUCUCAUCAGAGGAGAUAAUUGUGAUAAAGAAUAUCAUCAGUCUUUAAUGCUUUAAACCAGAAACAUAAAAUGUGACAGUUGAGAGCCAUAUACUGUUGCUCCAGUUAUGGUAACAGAUCUUCCCACAAAAUGAUACUUAGCUUACUUCAAAACAGCUGAGUAUAGUAGACUAUUUACCAUCUGAUUUCCCCUUCCUAUUUGUCUAUUUCUAUGUGUGAAUCAUAUCCCCAUGUCAGACUGUUCAUAGAGGCACUCAAUCGAUGUAAAUCCAACAACUGUUCUCUACUGCGCAAGGGAGGACCAAUGCAGAGGCAAAAUAAAAUUGCAGGAGAAACCCAAUCCCUGAACAAGUAUUAAGGAAACACAGUUAAAGGGGACAUGGAUGACUGGGAGAGGAUCAUGACUGCAGGGAACAUGAAUAGCUGAAGAAGGGGACAUGGCUACAGGGGAUGGACAUGGAUACUUACAAAGGGCCAAAAUGUGAGAAUGAUAAGUAGGGUUCUUAGUACUCCACCAUUCCCAGGUUUAACUUAGUGAGGGAACUUUACCUUAAACAGUAAAAUUAAUGCCAUUCUCUACCUAAAAUUGUUUAUUACACAAUCAAAAACUGCUCUAGGGAAAUAGUCGGUUUUUAGUUUUGGAUGUUGACUCUGCUCCUACUAGUGAAAUAUUUUCACUAUUUUAAUUCUCACUUUUAAUUCUCGUUCCAGGGCAUUCAACUUGUCUGUGAAACUAUAACAGAAUGUUGGGACCACGACCCAGAAGCUCGACUCACUGCACAGUGUGUGGCUGAGAGAUUCACAGAAAUGGAGCAACUUGACAGACUCUCGGAUAGAAGUUGCUCGGAGGAGAAGAUCCCCGAGGACUGUUUAGAAGACACAACCAAAUAAAAAUACUCUCAGGAAUUCCAUUGACUAUAUAGUGAAAAUCCUGUUUUUAUGAAUGGGUUUUUUUUUCUCUCGAAAAUCUAUGCAAUUAAACUGAUUUGAAUAUUGCAUAUAUUAUGCAUUUUAAAUGAGAAGCAUAUAGAACUAAGUUACAUUGAAAACCAGAACAGUAUAUACAUUUUCUGAAUUGUACUCUUCCAUUGCCACAAGAUGAACAUUUCGAGGCUCCUCAGGAUGACAUAUAGCCAUAAUAUUUUUGCACUUUAUCUGUAUAAACUAUACAGUGGCUUUAUGGUAGGUAAGUAUUCUGUGCGAUAAACCAAAAAGUCUUCCCGAUUAAAAAUGUAUAAUACAUAGGAAAGAGAAAUUAUGAUAAAUGAUAUAAAAAAUAUAUAUAUAUUAUUUGCUAUUACUUUUUAAGAAACAAAAAAUAAGCUGUGCGUGUGUGUAUUUAAGUGCACUGAAUAAUCAAGGACUAUCUAUGAGAAUUUCUAUGAAUAAAGGUUUUUAUAUCAAAGAAACAGGAGUUUUUUGUAGGAAAAGAAAAAAACUAUUAGGGCACUAUGCACAAUAAAAUGUUAAUAAAAAGGCUUAACAAGUUCAUAACAUCAUGGGUAUAAAUUGACACCAUCAUAGAUGUAACUAGAAUAUGCUAUUUUAUAAUUUCUGGUUAUUUUUUAUAUUAUAAAACCACUCCAUCAUAUGUAAAGAGGAACCGCUAUGUUUUUAUUUUAUUUCAGGUUUUGUUCUGGUUUAUCUUAAUUGUAGCAGGAUAUGCCAAAAUUUGGAAACCAGAGUUUAUAUAGGAAACAGUCAAUUGAGCAGUAAAUGGCUCAGUAUAACUUAGUAUGAGUUUUUCAACUAAAUUUCAACAUAUGAAAUAAAGAUGUUAUAAUUCACAUGAGGAAAUGUCAGUUUUAAUUUUGCAUAUUUUUGGACAAUUUUACUCAAACUGAUUCCAACUGGACAAUUUCUGUUUUGCUAAAGAAAUUUGAUGAAUUCAUAUUCAAAGUUUAAAUAAUAUUAUUUAUGUUAUGUGUAUCAUCCUAACAGUUAUAAUGCAUUUAUUUCUAAAAAUGUAACAAAAUUGAGUAAAAGCUAAACACAAGCUAUAUGUGCAUUAGGAAAAGGGACACUCCAGGCACCUUAGGUGCAAGAAUCAUUCUGGUUUAUUUACGUUUUGCGAGAUACCUGAUGCAGGGUGUUUGCAAAAAAAACAAAAACAAUUCUUAACUCAUCUUAUCUCUCUUUGAGAUAGCUCUAGGAAAGCAAAAACACAGCUAUAUGUUUCCCAUGUGGGAUUCCUACAUUUCUCUCAUUGCUUUCUAUGAUAGCAUUGUACAUGAGGCUGUAAGUAGCCAUUUAGGAUCAGAGGUCUGCCUGCAAGUAGCUUAAUUCUUGAAAAGAAUGAAUAAAUGAAGCAACUGUAAUCAGUUCACAUUAGCUACAAGGUGGCUUCUUUUAACUUGGUAGGUAGUUUCAUUCAUUCUUUUUGAAAUGUUUUGCUGUCGGUUCUGCUCCAUACUGUACAGCUUUUAACAGAAAGUUUUGUGUUUUUGUGUGUUUUUUUCCCAUCCUGGAAAGUCUGUUUCUCUUACAUUUGAUUCCAGUUUUAAUAAAUAUAAAAGAAAAGGUUAUAUACGUUUGCCCUCUAAUAUUAUCAACAUUUAAUAAACUUAUUUUUUUAUACAAUGUAUAUUUUGUCAUAUAGAGAAGCAAACAUAUGAUUAUCAGAUUAUGAUUCAUAGUAACAGAACACUUUAUACUCACAGAAUUUAACUAACAACAUAUUUGUAUUGUAAUAAUAAUACACAGUACACUAUUGUGCAAUGUAUUUUAUUUUGAUAAAAAAAUGUUUUACUCCAUUGUCAGUGUCUAUCGACUUUUUUGUUAACCAAUAAUAUUGUCUGAUUUGACUAAUGCUUAAGCGAAAAAUUACUAGAAUGAAAUGAACAAUAUAUAUCCUUAAAGACUGAGUGUUCGGAAAUUGUUCCUCAAAGAGUAGGACUCUAUUUAAUAUACCUUCUGUUUCAGUAUUCUAUUAUUAACAGUGCCGG